AUGGGUUUUAGUUUUCUACUAUUGUUAAUAUCACUAGUACCUUUGUCAAGAGCGAAAGGUAAGCGUGAAAAUAUUGAAAUCUACCCAGGGUUAGGCUUAUCGAUAAGAUCUUCAAUCCUUCUUUCACUCUCGCUUUGAAAAUGUGUUACCCACGGCGCUAAUGAUUUAUCUACUACACAGUAAAUGCAUCUAGUAUCUCUUGCCUCAGACUUUUGGAUAUUACCCAGUAAGGGGGGGGAGGGGGGGGAGCUAAACAGGGUGUGGUUUUCAGAGUCUGGAGUCUUAAACAGCGUAUACAAUUUCAAUAACUAGCGCGUUGAACAUGGCGUCUUUUUAAGCCGGAAGCCUUUAAAAUAGUGUGAAGAUUGGCGAUGAGCGGUCUACAUUUGUAAUACAAACAAUUUUUUUCCAAAAACAUCUAAUUCCUUAAUUUUUUUUUAAAUUGCUUAAUUAUACAUGCGAAACAAUUAAACAAAGGUCAUACGAUAUGGUCUCUUUUUUAAACCGGUAGCCAAAUGAACAGACUCUGCUGUACCUUCAUAAUUAUAGCGUAGUUCACACUAAAAAAGAUCCGUUAUUUAUAUCGCCCCUCUAAAUAUCAGAUUUGAAUUCUCACCAAAAAAUAGACUGAAAAGAAUCGGGGCUAUUUCAUGGCUAUUGGCUGUUCCGUUGUACAACGAUAUAACUUGGAAAGGAGUCUAACGUACAACGGAUAUGACAUUUACAGCCCCUCAUUUACCAAACAUGGCUUUAAAUUAUUCCGUCCUGUUUAAACAUCUUAUGCUCCUAACAAGAUUCAGUGAUAUCUAUGACUUUCUCAAGCGGUGGUUUGUGGUGCUCGUUUCUCAGAAUACAGUCAACCUGUGUACAACGGUCACCCUCGGAAAAUGGCAAGGUGACUGUUAUAUACAGGGUGACUGCUAUAUACAGGUCAACUUUGCAGAAACUAUAAGACAACUGAAAAUUUCGGGAAGUUGUGCGGUGACCGCUAUGUACAGGGCCGUUAUGUACAGGAUUGACAGUAAUUUAAUUACCAUUUGACUACCCAUUUUCAUCUGACUAAUGUUCGCACUGCCGUACAAAUUUUCAGACUUGCGGCCAGUAUCACCCUCUGUUGACCGCCGAAGCGCUCCCGAUGCUUUGCUUAGCGAGAUCUUUAACGAUCCGGGUGCUACAAGUCUAACAAAACUCACCUCCGAGGAUAGUGACAGUGACAUUGACGAUAUUUCCGGCUCAGGUUCUGAACUGUGGUCGGGCUCGGGUGAUCAGCCGCAGCCUUCCAAAGACAGUAGCACACAAAGUGAAACCGUGACGUCGAUCGUAUCACAACAGACUGCUCCAUCAACUCAAACCGAAACGACAGCAAGCUUAAGCACCGACAACUCAGACACUAACGACAACGACAAUAGCAAAGACAAUACUGUUACCAGUUCAAGUGAUAGCACUGCAAACUCAGUUGAUACCAACACCCCUUAUAGUGCUAACUCACUGAUUGAUUCUACCACAGCACAAAAUGCUCCUCAACAAAGUUCGACGAAUUCGUCCUCAACGUCAUCACCGGUGACGUCACAAGGCGCAGAUGUAAAUUUACCUUCUUCAGAGGAGCAGAGCCAAAAUAGCGUUGUACAAACAGAGGAGAAUGACAAAUCCUUCAAUGACACGUCGGCACCUAAAGCUGAUAUUUUCCCUAACCAAACUCCAAACACUUUGGAAACUGUAGCCGAUAAUCCUGAAGCGUCUUUGGUGAGUCAGCUGGCAACUCAAGCCGGAUUUGACGACUCGUCGUUGUAUGACCCCACGAUAGUGAAGAAAGCAAAUGUACCAGAUGCUUUAGAUACCCUGUCAGCGCCUGUAGGUAAGUUUGAUAGUACAUUUUUGAAAGAGAUAUUGGAGAAGAAACUAUUGUCGUCCUUAAUAUGAACAUGAUUCAAUGAAUUCGUGGUACAUCUCAUAGCACAACAUCAGAAUGUUUUUUUGUUUGUUUGUUUGUUUGUUUUUUUGAGAAAGGAAAGAGUCUAAUAAUCACUUGCUAAAUCGGGUUUGUUAUUAGUAAACUGAAUAUUACUAUGUUAUCACUUAACACAAGAUAGUCCACUUUCCACUAGAAAGAUGACGGAUUUGAUUGUACUGAUGAUGGUUAACUGCCACCAACAUUUACUUCCACUAAUAUUAUACACUCUUACACUCUUAUUACUAGUCUACCUGUUCAUUUUAUUAGCCACUAUCGAACAUUUUGCUCGAAAAGGCUUCUUGCAAUGUUUCCUAGUAUAUAAAACCUUCCGAAAACGCGUCACGAUCACAACACGGCAUGUUUUUGCUGCUUGCAAAUCCUUUUGCCUUUCCUUCUAAACCUCUUUGUUAAUCAAUAAAGAAAUUAGAUAGGAAAUUUAUUUUUAUUGAUAAGUGUCUUUUAAAAUCUACUGAAAACGCUAUUUAUUGCGAAAAUAAUAAUCCAAGGAUUACUCGAAAAAUGAAUAGAACUAAAAGAGAGUUUUUGAAGCCUUUUAUAACACCAUGUUUUAUCAAGCUCGUGUUUUAAACUUGAUAAAACACUCUUGCUCACUUAUUAAGUCAUUCUUCACUUUUAAAACAAAAGACAUAACCGCAUUAUCCAAUACCUUUUCCACAGAUAAUAAUAAAAUGGAUACUGAAGGACAAGUUCGCUCAUCAAUUCCUCAAGCGCCAUUACUCUCGCCCCAGGUCCCAGCCGUGCAAAAGUCGACUGUGGCCCAGCUCCCAUACAAAGGCUCUUUUCCACUACGGCUUCAUAAGUACUCACCAUACGCCAAGCUUCUCAAAAAGGGCUUAGUCCCAAAGCCCGGAACGGGUUAGUUAUUCGCGUGUUAUUUCUUGUUAACAGAGUAAGCCAAAGCAGCUUAAAAGCUAGUUAUAAAAUGCUGUUCAAAAAAUGUACGGCAGUUUUAGAUCAGACUAAAAUAAUUAUAUUUCUAUCAUAAAGUUCGCACCCUUCGUCUUGGAACGCGCUUUCCUAGUCGGGAAAUAAAGGCACGUAGCCAGAACAAAAAAAUCAACUGCAGUUACCCUUGGCAGUCUUCACGGCUCGAAGGCUAAUGGGACCACACAAAUCAUUGUAGGGGACGUAGUUCCCGGUGUUGUGGUCUAUCUUCAUCACUUACAUCAUCACUCAUCAUGGGUUGGGAGGGUUCAGUGGGCUCAUAAAUGGACUGAUAGCGGCUGCCAUCGGCGCCCUUAGUAUGCUGACGUCCGAGCCCACUGCAAAAAAAGCUAUGUAAAGAGGACAUGUAUGUUUGUCCUCUCAAUCGCGACAUUUACAUUUACAUUGUAACAGAUGAUACAAGAUAAUGUGAGAAAAAUGUCCGAAGGUGUCACAGAGACAUGGGCAUUCCCGCGCUUUGGGCAUCACCAUUCCCAAAACCCUAGUGAUAUUGGCAUCUCCUGUAACCCUAACCCAAAUCGCUAAGGUAAUAUGAGAAGGGGAUGCCCAUAUCACUAGGGUUUUGGGAAUGGGGUUGCCCAAAACGGGGGGAUGUCCGUAUCACUGUAACAAUGGGAAUAACUGCAGGUGUACGUUUAAGGAAAGUAUACGUCUUAUAAAGGCAGUUAACUAUAUGAACACUGUUGCACCACUUUAUGAUUUAGGGACUAACCAACAAGCUUCAAAGAAGUCAGUGGUGCCUGGGCUAACUGAUGCCGGUGGGCUACGACCGCUGCUAAAUACGCCCCAGCAGCAACAAGACCCAACAAACCCUCAGGGUCCUCCUCAAGCCCAGGCCCCAAAUCUCGAUGUUAAUCAAGCCGUGAAUCCAAUGCAGAUGCCCUUUGGCGACCAACUCCAGGCUCCACCUCAAACCUCUCCCCAGGCUGCUGUUGUCCCUCAACAAUUUGCCCCAGUUAACCUGACAGAUUCGAACUCCUUAGGUCAGAAUCCACAGCAAGCACUUGAUCAGGUUCAGGGUGGCGUCCCCCAGGCCCCUGAGCAGGCCUUCGCGCCUCAAGCCCCCGCGCCAUCUGAUAUGCAGGCGCCUGGAUCCGAAAAUGUUGCAGCUGCGUUUCCUAUGAGUAAGAGUAACUGUUACCUUUUCGAUACGAGAAAUAAAAGGUUGUUUUUACUUGAAGGUUGGCUGUGGGGAAUAAAAUGAACUUCCUAAAGCCCCAGAUAAGUAUGUGCUUCUUUAUUGCGUCAACGUUGUAGUUCACAGACAACGUAGCGGUAGUUUUCAAUUGAAGCAAUUCCUGACUCAAACUUUUGAACGUACGCAACGAAGCUAGGAAAUAAAUUUGACAGAGGCACCAGUAAUGAAAUUUAUUUAACCCUUGAUUAGGGAAUAGCAACUAUAUGCGGAUCAAGCAGGUUAGAUAUGAUCUCUUAUUAGCUUGAAAAUGAGUCGACAACAGUUUGUUAAAGCAGUAGAGACAUGAUUCUUUAUAAAGUGAUUCCCUAGCGUGUUCCAGGCGUUCAGAUAGUGGGGACAACGCGAAGAAAAGUGACCAGGGAAACAGCGAUCGAGGGGGUGGGGGAUGGGAGAGAGAGGACAAAAUAAGUGAACCCACCUGCCUCCCUCCCUCUGUCUCUCUCUCUCCCUUUCUUCCGCUUUCCUCCCUCCGCUCUCUACUCCUCGCAUCUCUCCACUGUCUGAACGCGUGGAAAAGGCUAAUAAUGCCCUAAUGCAGAAACUCACCACGUAAGUGGUCCACUGUACUCUUUAACUAUUCAAACUAGAAACGAGAUACGAGAUAACAAAUGAGCCAAGAAAAAUUCAUUUUCCUUUAUGAUUUUUAUACAGAUUCAACAAUAAACAACGAAAUGUUUCCCGGUACGCCUCAGGAGACGGCAGGUAUCCCUGCACAGGGUGCCCAGGUUGUUCCGGUCUAUCAGGGACUUAAGGCAAAGAAGCCACUGCUUGAGGAAGGUAAGCUAUAACCCUCUUCCAUUUAAAGAAAUAAAACGUUUAUUUUUUUAACUACCAAGGAUUUUUGAUAGUUACAAUUUGGGUGUAAAGACAGACAUUCAUUUUCAAAGAAGUAGAGAUGUCGUCGCCUUGUGAAUGCCAUAAGUCAAGGCUAAAAGCCAAUUGGUGCAUACUGGAUUUGCUUUGUUAUAGCGCGUUUAUAAAUUCGGUAAUGUUUUAUCAGUGUAAUUUACAUAAUUUAUUUGUUAUUUAAACACAGGUAUCCCAAACUCGAAAUUGUUUCCCUAACCUACAAAUGUGAAAGGAUUUAAAUAAGAAUGGACUAACCUUGCUUAAGUUGUUUGGUUUUUCUCCCCUGUGUGAUCUCCUAACCGAUUUAUGGCCAAUUUAUGGGUUGUAUUGGAACCGGUUUCGUCAUCGACCCUUCUUAUCCAGGGCCAUUUGCUUUGUAAUUGAAUGUAAUUCAGUUUACUUACUUGUUUAUAUUAUUUCGCCAGAUGAAUGCGAAGAUAUGUAUGAAACAUGCCCCGAAAUGAAAAAAAACUUUUACUGCACCAAUUACACUGACCUUAUGAAGAUUCAGUGCAAGAAGUCCUGCGGGUUUUGCGGUAAGAUUGACUUUCCUUGCAACUGUUUUAGUAAGGGUUUUCAUAACAGCGCUAAAAUAAAAUAAAAAACUGAUAUGUGAAAACAGCUGACUUUACGCGACGUCGCCACUGGUUUCUCCGCGAAAUGACGACUGAGUAACGAGCGCAGAAAUUCCAUACUGAUGACUCGUCACUACCCAGAUCUGGGUAGUGCUUCUGAUUGGUUGAAAAUUUGCUUUAUCUGGCUAUAAAAAAAAAAAAAAAAAAACAAGCAGAGAAGAAAGUAAGUUUUGGAUGACACAAGUAAAAUAUCUCAUAGUUAUCCGUCCCCAAUUGUCAGUAGUUCAAUUUUAAUUAUUAUGGUUGUUUUCUUUUUUAUAGUACUGAAGCCCUCGUAUAGUUUAUUUGUUUAUUAUAAUAAAACAAAAAAUAUAUGUAUUUUUAGUAAAAUUAUAAAAGUAUAUUUAAGUUAUAUAUCCAUCGAUUAGAGAUAAGUUGGUUUGAAAUGACUCAUUCAAGGUCGAAAUCUGUCGUCGGGAAUAACAACGAUUCACAAUUCAACUACGUAAUAACUAUGAAAUGAUGAACAGGAAACAUUCACAUCCUCUUACGAUAAUAGCCCUUUUUCUGGUUUCAAAAUCUCUCUGUUUCAAAACUAGGCUAAGACAAAGUGUGUUGCAUUUGCUUGAGGAUGAAACAAUCAUUUUUAUAUCAAUGGUUUUGCACUUAGCCUCGCUUUAAAGAAGAGGCUUGGGGCAACUUAGAAAUGGCGUAUUGACAGAAAUUUACUUGAUCCCCCUAUUUACAGAGGCCAAAAAACUGAAAGAAGAGUCCGAAUCAGGGUACGAUGAAUCAGGUUCAACCAGUUUGUAUUACGCUGACGAAAUGUCCGGUUCUGGUUCAAGUGACUGGAAAGACGACGAUGACUAUGGUAAGAACUAUUGCUUAUGAAAAUGACACUUCCCCAGUUCCCUCUAGACUGCUAACUUAACAUUGCGUGACUUUUCGUUAAAGUUCAACCUGUUUGUCCUAAUAGUUGCAAUCGUCUAAGGCCCCGGUUGUUCAGAAGGUGGAAAAGGUUAUCCAUUAGAUAAAUAUCUACAUAGUGGAUAACGCAGUAAGUGUCCCUAACACUUAACUUACCCAGAGGACAGUGCUAUGAAAACAUAUGAAAACACCUGUUUUGAGAUGCAUGCGGAACUGUCUGGACUUAUAGGGCGAUCUUAAUGGUUCAAUGUACCGAAGAAACCAUGUAAUUUAACCCUUCGUUCAUUUUUAAUUUCCGUUUGUCAAAACUCGUGAUCAUACAUUCCCUUACUGAAAAAAGAACUUUAUCCAGGAGUAAAACUGAAACACAGCAAAUGAUUUUAAAACCAACAGACUAAAGGACGCUUUCCGUGCUCAAACCGAAAUUAAAACCCUUUUUCGGUCUAUAUAAUGCCGGCAAUAUUCCACGUUUUGAAUAGUUUCUUAGUGUUGCAUGUGGGUGAAAUCACCAAAUGACGUAAGAAAAAAGAUUGAAAAGACAGUGAUCAAUAACCACACCAUAACACAAAAAAGAAAUACCAACAAUAGUUUGCACAACACCAAUAUUCAGCCUUUUAUUUUGCUCUGUUUAGAAGAGGAUGAAGAAGAGCCAGGAACCAGAAAGUCUGGAAUUCCUCAGCCAAUUCACAAAGUCUUAAUGGCCAAGUUUGCAGCUGGCUCCGGUUCAGGAUCAGGCUCGGAAAGUCCCGAGCUAGACGAAUCAUCCGCUUCUGAUGACGACAUUUCAGAGGCGUCUGGGAGUGGUGAAAUGGGCUCAGGCUCUCAAAAGAAGGAUGAAGUCCAAACUGGCGUGGCGGCGGCGUCUGGCUCUGGGGAGGCGACAGUUUCUCAUACUUCAUCGCCUACCCCUGGUGCUGCUGAGAUUGGGUCCGGCUCUGGGAGUCACCUGGCUGAAGGUAUAAAAACACAAUUACCGUAUUUAUUAUAUCCAUCCCUGCAAUGUGAUUGGCUCUCAUCAGUGUGAUUUAUUCACGAAUCCCAAUAUUUUUUGCUCUAAAUCACAUCUGUUGUAAAUCGCAUCAUUCUGAUUUUUGUUCUAUAUUGCAUCAUUUCUGUUUCGAAUACAAAAUGAGAUGUAAAAGGCUUUUUGUUUCCAUGUUUUAACAAACUGGCCAUCAGAUAGGUACCAUCAGAUUGGUACUGACUGAAUUCUGCGAUUUCAAAAUGGCUAUAAUAAAGUGGUAAUUGAACUGCGCAAUUUUGGUCUGAAAUCAUACUUUUGAUUUCAAAUCGCACUCGCGCGCAGUCACGCGCAGUCACGCGCAGUCACACGUAUGAUCUCAGACCAAAUUGUACUCCACUCCAGUUCAAUUACCAUUAUUAAAUUUUACAUUGGUUCAAACUAAAAAAUCCUCAUACCAGUGAAUAAAUAUUUUCAUUUAGUCGAGGAAGGUAAGAUGCAAGUCCUGUGUAAAAUGCCCGCGUGGGAGGCUAGUUUAAAUGGCCCUUAAAAUGUUUUCUAGUCCUAGAUGUGACACGGCUUAUGACGUACAAUUUAUUCUGCAGAUUGUUUUUUUUUUCUAAGCGUAACGUACUUUAAUUGUUGUUAUUAUAGCUUGCAAUUGUUGAUUUCAUCGAAAAAUUUUUGUAUGAGGUAUUUCAAAGGGAAUUUCUUGAUUUGAUUUUUUUCGAUUCCCUCAUAAUACGCUCUGUUCGCCCCCGAAAUUUUGCGUAAGUCAUUGUUUUGAAAUAGCAGUUCUCCCAGGGACAUUUAAAAAUGAAAUUUUCUUCUAAAUUUGGGAGGAAACAGAGUAUGUUUUAAGGAAUUGGAUAAUGGAGAGGUCUCCAUGCCACGUGACCUUAGCAACAACGUGAUGAGGCUUAUAUUUCUCCCUAAAGAUCUUGCGACGGGGACUGUCAGCAGAUUCAACGAAAAACACAGCUCCAUUCCACGACCCCCUCCCCCUGCUCCGCAAGUAUCAGUAUAUCCAAAGAUUGAUCUGAAAGAGAUAGCAAAGGCUGUCAACAUGUACCGUGGUGUUGCACUUAAAAUGCUCGGGGAGGCACUCGAGGGAGCUGCCGAACAGAAGGAAGAGGAACUCGCGAAAAAGUCCCACAUUCCGCUUCCACCCGCUACCGGCAUUUUACAGCAGAUGGGAUUUCCCAUUGGGUAAGUUCGAGAUGAACACUGAUAUAUACCAUGUUCACGAUACGCGCCAUCUUUGCGCGCGCUUAAGGAUAGCCUGUGUCGCAGACGUGAUCGAACCCCGGUUAGUGACGUCUGUGAAAUACGGUCGAUAUCUUUGUUCUGUGGCCCAUACGGACUCAACAAGUUAGAGAUUUUCGUGAAAAAUCAAGAGGCAUUUUGGAGAAGAGAACCCAGACUAGGGAAACAGUUUUCAGAUGACGUCACGGCGGCCAUAUUGGUGUUCCAAAACAAUGGAACGGCGGCCAUGUUGGUGUACCUAGACAAUCCUGUGGGCGUUGAAUUCUUUUCUUAUGUAAAAACUUUCUUUUGAUCAAAUAAAUUAGCAUAGAUUCUGGCCACGUGAGUGAAAGCGCUCUAUUGCCGCUUAACUUUAAGGUAUAAUUUGAAUUUUUUUCUCUUGGCGUGACGUUCGAAAAUCAAGACAAAAAGAUGCGCGACAGAUGAAAUGUUCAUCACAUGUAAAAACUAUAACCGUAUAAAGAAUGUACGUGAUUGCUUAUUUAGGUAUGACGAAGGAUCAAAGCGAAACAUGAUUCCCAAUACGACGCCAGUUUUUAAUCCGAUGGAUCCCAACUAUGGCAUGCUGGGAUAUGGCAAUAAUGGCUACGCGUAUAAUUACCCACAAGCCCCUGCACUUAAUGAGCCUUUGGCCGAUUUUUACGGCCAGUACCAGCAGCAACCAAAUAUGGCAAGAUCAGAUAUCAUGGCCACACCUGGAGAAGAACCGCCACAAAGCGACGAUGAAGGGGCAGCUCAGGCCGAGCAACCUGAGGAGAUUCAACCCGUUACAUCUCCUGCAGACGAAGCUAAGAAUGCGACUGCAAUUGAGACAGAAAAACAGGUGAAAAUACCGUGAUAGAUAUAGAAGUUAAGGGAACGUUAAUAACUUACCGUAAAUGAUCUAACUGACACACCGUCUCUACAAAUAAACGCCUCUUGUCCAAUAACCGCUCCCCUACGAUAUUAAGUUUGUAUUAGACGCCCCCCGUGUCUAAUAGACGCCCUUCAUUAUAGUUACUCAAUAAUACUAGGAAACAGUGAAACGGAGCAAAAUCAUUCAAUUUAUUCAGUUUCUUGGCUGAUUAUGUAUACCAAGGGCUUGCACAUUACAUCUUUUUCAAUUUCAAGUUUGAAAUGAGUAAGAAUACGCUAACGAUGACCCUGAAAGAGGAUUCUGACAUCGGAAUUGAGAUUUGACUGAGAGCGAUAUGCACGAAAGAACUCCAGAAGGCCCACAAGUAUCAAUGGGUGGACUAAAUAUCUUUGUUUGUAAACUCUUUUGGUAUUUUCGCUGAAGGCAUAUAAUUUUUGUUGAGCUUGUCACAGUUAUGCGAAUAAACGCCUUUCUAAAACGCCUUCUAUCUAUAAGCGCCCCCCGCCCUCCUCUCGGACCCAGGCGUCUAUUACAUGAUGCGGACCUUAAGAUCGAGUUCUGGUCAUUUUACUUCAAACGACAAACUGCUGUUUGUGGUUAACGGUUUCACGUAACCCGUCUGCCCAUAUUUGGGACUUAAGAUUUGCGGGCGGUAGCUCGCGGCUGCCAUAUUUGUUUUCCUUCAUCCGUUUACUUCUAUUUUAGCUGAGAAACUUUCCUCAAAGUUACGUUUUUUGAAAUAGAAUUCGAUAAUCAAUAAGCAAAAGAGUUCUAAAUAGUCGUAUUUCUUCUCAAACAUGGGAUUGUGAUGUUUUAGGGUGCAAAAAACCUUGCGGUAAAUCACUCACCUCUGAAGCGUGGUCUAGCCGUACAAACAUAAACUUCAAACCGCCAACUUGACGGCAAGGCCCUGGUCACGUGACUUCUUGAUGUUCGCGGUUCGGAAGAAAUGCCGAAAAACCUUAAUUAAUCUUAAGGUCUUUAAUUUAUUGUACUAGCCUUUACGUCCCCACCGCAGUCAAAUGUUGAAGGUGUUGUUUAUUUAUUUCUUGUGAUUUUUUUUUGAACGCUUUAUUCACUGGUUUUCCAUUUACCAUCGAAUAGAAACAUGGGCAAGGAUGUUUAAAAUAAUUUUUCUUAUGUAGCCACCUUAUCAUUUUUCUCAAAAUAUUGAUCUUCUUUAGUUCUAAUGAGAAUUCUUUGCGUUUGAGGGGGAAAAAUAUGCUGGCAAUUCGGGCCGACGAUAACAACAGUUUCAGUUUUCAAACGCUUUUAAGUGUAGAUCUGGUAAAACCUAUCUUAAAUUUACUACCGUAUUCGUUAUAUCUUUAACUGUAAACAGUGAAGUUAGCAAUCUUAACUUUGAAGUACUUUGCCUAGCUUUUGCCUAUUUUUUUCAUUUGACCACGGUAAAAUGUACUUUCCCUCCUCCCCUCAACAACCAGAGUAUAUAGACGUCUCUCUCCCUGAUUUUAAGGAGGUGAGGAGGCAGAUAUAGACCAGCUAAUAACAUAUUUAUUCAUUUAUUUAUUUUAAUAUGUAAUUAAAUUAAUGAUUAACUAACGGUAUUGCUAUCAUAGCUUCCUUCAGUGUUUUUUAAAUGAUACUGAGAGCUGCAUCUUUCAAAGUUUCUUUUUUAGCCGUGAAAGUACACCUCUUUGACUAUGGUAGACUCUCUCAUUUAUGGUCGGGACAAUUCACAAUUCAAAAUCGAUCAACUGGAUUGAUAUGCAAAACUCGAAAUCAACGUGCAUAAAGUUUAAUCCAAAUUUUAAUCUAAACCCUCUGUUCUUCAGGAUAAACCACAAGAAUCGCAAAACAAGACCACUGAGAGCAACAGCAAAAAGUCUGAGAUUGUUGACCCCUUCGAGUAUGUGCGAAACAUGGGCGAAGGCGCAUCAAUGGAGCCCAUUCGCUCAAAGACCGCCUCUAAUUUCAAAAACGCUGGUCACUCAGAUCCUCUGAUCUUGUGGAAGAAUUCUCAAUCCACUUCCAUGAAUGUUUUGGCAGAAAAGAAAAGUUCAAUUCCAAUACCAGGUAGGUAGAUUAAAAAUUCAAAUUGAAUUGAUCGUCUUGUAAUUCUUUAUCCAGAGUAAAAGGUUUCCCUAUUGGUAUGAGGUCAUAGAAGAUUUUCAUUGUGUUUCCCAACCUUUUACCCCGUUAAUAAAAAUAGGAAAAAAUGAAUGCAACUGGAUCUGUUGCAGGGUUUUGUCUAGGAUUUAUCGUUUGGGGGAGAAGUCCCUAGUGGCCAAAGGCAUGCCCCCCCGGAAAUUUUUUGAAAUGAAUAUGCGCUGAGAUGCAAUCUUUUGCAUUUUGAGACCAUUUUCAGAAAUGUUACAGUGGUAUUUUAUUUUAAAAAUAAGAAUACUCCAUGUUCCUUGUUAUAUAGUGUCCUUAGACAGGGAAUACUUACUUCAUGUGCACUGACCUCGUCGCGUCUGGAUGAUUUUUUCGAUAUAGUUACUUAUAUACCGUAAUGAUAAAAAUAUUUGGGGGGGCAGCUUCUACCGCUCAAAUAUCCUAGGAAGAACACUGUGCUCGUAGUCCAUUUUCGCCAUUAGGGACAAAGUACAAGUUGAAUCGAACAUAUUUUGUCUCAUAGCCAGCCAGAACCAGCCCUUUAUGCCAGCCUUCCCCGACUCGCAGUCACAAUUCACUCAGGGGCUUGAGCAGCCGCAAUUUAGAUCAGAUAUACCGCAACAAAACGCGACAAGUGAUGCGUCUUACAUGACGCAAGCAGACUCAGCAGUCUCACCGGUCUUUCAGCAGUAUACACCCCAAGGCGAGGCUUUGACACAAAACCCUGAUGAUGGAGUUUCUGCGAGUAAGUUACAUAGCAUUCUUCAUUGAAAUUCAAAUUGCAUGGGCGGAGAUUAUAAUGCAGGAACACUUUGCAGAGAUAUCUUACCUGUUUGGCCCUGUCAAAUUCGCGAUCAAGCAAAUUAGGAAUGCAUAUGCGCAUUUGUCAACUAUUUGUAAGUUAAGUGAUUUCAAUACAGAAUGCCUCCUUCCCUAACUUGAUCACAAAAGAAGGGCCUUUUAUACUUCUAAAAGCGCAAUUAGGUAAUAUAAAAAUGAGUGUAAAUUAUACUGUUUUCAAAGUAACUGGCAGCGUGAAAUGAUCGAUUUACGUACCCUUGUACAGAUCGUAUUUAGCCAAUUGUUCAAAGUUGUCAACGAAAAGAAUAAGGACGUAUAAGGAUAUACACGUUUGCUCAUAGCAAGAAAAUUGUGCAUACUGCUCAUAACACGCGUUCUUUGAUAAUAUACAUUUUCGUCCUUUCGCGUCAAUUAAAAAAACAACAAAAAUACUGUACGUGGGAUGAUCAUACCUCCUUAUAUUUUUCAUUUUACGCAAGUGGUAGUUUUCUAAUGUUCCGUUUUUUGUUACUAACAGGAAGUCAGAUUACCCAAACUUUUGCUGGUCAACAACCCCAGGAACAAGGUAUGUCAUUUCAUGUGAGGCUAAAACUGCAAGGUUAAACUUUAUACUUAUAACAUUUCAAGGGGUACCUGGAUGUUUCGUUUUGAAAUGAAAUGCUUUGACAAACGAUGUGCCUAUUAUUGUGCUUAUUAUGUACCUAUUAUCAUUGCUAUUUUGUGCCUAUUAUUGCUCCUUAAUUAUCUUGUACAUGUGGGAAGGGAUAAUCUAAUAACCAAAAUAUUGAAAAUGUGAUCUUAAUAAGACUGACGAUGUACUGAACACGUGUACUAUGUAUUGUUGAUAAGUAGGAAAAAGCGACUUCUCCGAUAGAUGUUAGUGGUGUGCUCGAAGUAAACAAUAUCAAGUCAUGACUUUCGCAUUCGCGGUUCUGUUUUGCCAAACGGUGUCCUUUCUUUCAACAAUGUCCAAAGCAGCACUUGCACCUGUUCUUUCUCUCUUCCCAAAGCCAUUAAAAUCAUUUCUCGAGAGAUAUUUCGGUAAGGAUGGAUGAUCUGGAUCGUUUUGCUUUAGUAUCGAACAGUUUUGUUGUUAUAUGAUGAUCGAACUGAGUCAGGUUUGGGUUUUACUUUGACGAGGCGGGUGUCCAGAGUUUUGUUUAUAUGAAUCCACAGGCUGAAACGGAGGAGGAUUUGUGAUUAACCAAUUUAAGAUUUAAAAAAAUCAGUCCUUUAUCGGUGGGUCGGUUAAAUAAAGCGUUAGUUUUGUUCCAAAUUAUAAACACCCGUAAAUAAUGCCGUGUAGACGUUGUAAAAGAAUAGUACAACUUCUCCGUGCUUUUCAUCCUCAAAUAGCAAUUUUAACACGAAAGUAACAAGAAUGUUUUUGGCGGGAACUAUUUUUUUCUCUACCUUCGCCUUUAACUAAUUACUAAACAUGGUAUAGAUCUCCUUUUAUUGAUUAACUCAUCAUUGAUCACCUCUUUUAGGACUUUUAUUCAUUUCUUCUACCUUUCUGAGAAAUAAGCUUUGUCUUCAUUUUUCUCCUCUUUUUCACUCUUUUAAUCCCACUUGUCACUUGGGAUCACUUUUUCGUUUCUUUCUAUGUGUUCUUAAAUCACCUCAAAAACUGGUUAAUUUAUUUCUUAGGUAAAUCCAAAACACAAAUAAAUACCGUUGAUUUCGCACACAAUGACGGACCGUUCACUAACUCAUGUUCGCCACGUAUACUGUAUGCUUGGCGAAAGGAUAGCUCGCAAGGUGAAAAACGUAACACGCCCCAGCACUCACAAGGUUCAUAGCCAGCGAACGUUUGACUUGUGUCAGAUGCUCAAACAAAAACCGGCUGACCUGGUCUGCAUGGCAUCGAUUUGGAGAAGUCGGUUUGUUCUUCUUAUCAACAUAUCAACAAUAGGAUAUAUUCUCAACUGCUCGCAUUGUUACAAAAACUUCUCUAACAUUAGGUCUUCAUUUUCCUAACAACUAAUAGGCGAGCAAGAAAGCAACUUGAGAGAGUUACGAAGUUAUUUUCCCCAAGACGAGUAACUUUGGCUCGCAAUGGAGUUAGAAAACAAGCUUUGCUAGCUAGCCGCCGUCAGCGAUACAGUAUACGACGGACAACCACGACUUGACGAGAUCAACAGUUUCUUCAAUGAAAAAUAGUAGUCCGAGUAAAUAACUGCAACAAAGACUGGUGCAUGGAGAUAAGGGGAUCCGACCUGAUGAUAAUUUUUGAAUUAAAAUCACCACCCUUUCUUUUUAAUAAAAAUAGUGGGAUACCCUUAGAUAACCAAUUGAUUUUCGAGGAAUAAUUCCUGCAUAAAAUGUAACUAUAUAACAUAGCUAGAUGAUUAUUUCACUCACAAACAUGGGAAAAAAACUAUAACGUGAAAGUUGUAUGACGUUAUGUUAAUUUAAAUCCCAGGACAAGAAGAAAUUUUAUACGCAUACAAAUCUUCUUAAAGUCUAUUGUAAGUAGUGACUACGACACAAUGAUAAUUCCGUUUGCCUCUUCGGCACCGUUUAGUACAAAGUUUAUCAAUUCAGUUGUUUAAGGUGGGUAAUUUAAAAGUACUUGAUGUGGGUCUAACAGGAGCCUUUAACUUGGAGCGUGUUAUAUGCUUGCGUACUUGCCGAAAUCAAUUUUGCGUGAUAAAUAAAUAUUAUCACAUUGAAAAAUUGUUUGCGUACACUUUUCGUCACGUAUUCAAGGUUAACAGUGGCGACCAUGCUCCCUUAUCCGCCCUAUCGCUUUCUUCUCAAACAAAUCUUCGCUCUCAUUUUUGGCCUUAAUAAGUACGUAAUUAAAAAUGAUAAUAACGGAAAAUUUACGAAACAUUUUCUUGUGUAGACGGGACAUAAUUGGUUUACGUGAACUCUUAGGGUUGCCAAAAUGUGCACAAAAUUUAUCUAGGCAUUGACAGUUUCAGCUAAUGGACUCCUGGCGCGAAAUAAACAAUGUGUGAUUUGAGGACGUUCUGUGAUAAAUAGUAGGAUUAUAAAGGCCAGGAUGUUCCUGGCCUGACCAUCUUUCAUUGUUUUUCUGAUGCACCCACGCAUCGCAUUGAGGCGUGGGUGUGUCACGUGGGUUAUCAGGGACUCCCGCGUAUCAUGUCUAAAUAGGUGCUCGUCAGCCAGUACAACCUAAAAAAGUUUGAGUAAGUUAAGUUUCUUAUUAUACGUUCAGAAGCCUCAAUUCUGUUUUUGUUUUUGUUUUUCUUGUUCUUUUCUGUUAUCCAUUUUAUGCACUGCAGCGUACAACCUAUAAUCCUAGUUUCGUCUUUUUCCUGUUUCGUAAGAUAGGUUAUUAAUGUUACAUUGUUGCCAUAUGGUUAUCAUCGUUUUGACUACGGAAUCAAGCGUGUCGUUUUUGUUUAGAUCAACAAUUGGCAGCAUAAUUUCCUUGAGAUGACAGAAAUGCUGAGUUUUUAUUCUAAAAUGGAUAAAUAGUGAUUUCGAAAUUCAUCGUUAUGGUUGCAGCCAGAUGGAUUAUUAGAAUGGUUUUACAAACCGUUAAACCAUGGCUCAGUUUGUACAGAUUCUAGCUACAUUGUAAAUAAAUUGUAACCUCAUCAGUAUACCUCCCGUAUAGUAUUUAACUAAUUGGUUUUCGAUUAGCAAAUUAUUCUUUCACUUAAAUGUCCUAGCUACCCAACUAACAGGUUUAGUUAGCAGUAUUUCUUCUUCUUUUUACACAAUGUGCUUGUAGAUACACGGUUGCAAUUUCAGGUGGUGUUUGUAAAAAUGUGAAAUAAAGCGCUAGGUUUGUGUUAUUUGAGUUGAAUUCCUUUUUUUAUCUGCCCAUGUAAGUCGUUUCAUAGAAACUAAAUAAAAGGUAUGCCCUGGACUUUAUCCUAUUGAUGUUCCUCGAAAAGUAUCAAAUUGUUACCUCCAAUAAAUUAAAACCACAGUGGCGGUAGAAUUCAGUUGAUGUUGUAUAUGAUGAACUGAGAGCAUAGAGGGAUUUUUAAAAUUCAUUUUAAAAUGUUAGGGUAUCUAGAAUUUUGAUUCUUGCACUUUUUCUGUUAAGUUAUAUAUUUGCUGCCUUAUGUCUUUUUCAAGCCCAGCAGGUUGGUAAUCGUCGACAAGCGAAAUAACAGUGAAGUCGAUUUGUUUUUUACCAGACCACUAUUACAACAAAUCCACAGUUUAUUGGGAAUAUCGUCUUUUAAAAAAGUUACCAUAUGUAUAACAAACUCUUUGUACAUCAAAAGUUUGUUCUUUUUGCUGUAAUGAUAAUGUUAAUAAGACUUUAUUUCCAGCAAUUUUACUUGAAUUUGUUGUAACGAUGGAGCUCUCCUUUGAACCUAUUAUAGUAGUUAUCAAACGGUGUCACCCUAUAUUUAUAUGGAGAGAGCAUUUUUACCAGGCUCAUUGACCAACAGAGAGUGCAAAGUGCAACCCAUUUCUAAGCCUCUAUAAUCACCACUAUUGGUACCAAAUAAACAUUAACUAUGUAAAAUCUAUUUAUUUAAAGUGAUACUUAGCUAAAGAAAAUAUUGUGACACUUUUUCUUAGCUCAGCGGUUUCACAGUUAAUAGCUCAUGUAGUUAGUUUCGUUAAUCUCUGAUCUUUUCCGUAAAGCCUUGCUAAUAAGCCACGUCACGUUUCUCUCAAAUUAAAGCCGGGUCCUAGAGGGAUUCUAUAGAAUGGUUUUUGCUGUUAACAGUAGGGCCUUGAUUGCUCUUCGUAAAAUUUAAUUACUCGUUCAUAAAUUAUUGGGACGUUUCAACUCAUCAGACAACUUGAAAUUUCUUGUAAUUAUUUGGUAAUUGGCGGUUAUUCAAUGCUUGAUUAAGAUGCUGGUAAAGGUUUUAACGGUGUUUGUUCAUGAGUGGUCUGAAGGGCUUUUCUGUUUGGUCGCCGUAAUGUGAAGGCCAUGACUUGAUAUUUUUUCUCCCAGAAGACGGUGAAAAAUAAAAUAUUCUUGAUAUCCUUUGUUUUUUGGGUGCACAAUGAUAAUAUAUCUUCUGUUUGAGACAACUAGGCACCAGAUAAAAUCAAAUUUUGACUGAUGCAAAAUCGCACAAUAUUAAGACAUUAAUACUGGCAACCUAACUUCCAUUUCUAUGUUAAGUGUUUUGAAAACAGGUCACCAAAGAACAACGGACAACGACAACAUUCUUAUUCUUUUCUUUCCUUUCCUCCUUUUCUUUCAACUUACUCUUCCUUGGGGCAGUAACACUGUAAAAUCUCUGGUCGGUCUUUUACUUUGUGGUUUCUAAGGGAUACUACACUCUAUGAGUUUCUUCUUUUCCCACUCAGUGACGUAAACGUGACAUUAUUCUUACCUGAUAACCCAUAGGACAAUUAUUACAGACAGCCAUUACUCUAUAAGAUAGAAAAUAGUGGUAUCGAUGGUUUUCUUAAAACAGUAACUCGUAACAUACUACGUAAUCACCCUUUAACCUUGAUCGUACUUUGUUACUGUUACACAAAGUCUAACCAUUUUAAAUGGUAACUAUUGGGAAUUAAUUACCGCUUACUGUUGUAUGAGCAAUUUUACCUUGUUAAUUAAAACUAAAAAAGGCCUAGGUGGGGACUCUUACUUUUUACUUUGCUCUAACAACAAAUGAUUUUAAAAAGUCGUCGUUCAAAAGAAUCUUUUACAAUUUUCUACCCACGUAAAAAGGAAUGAACAAAUCCAAAGGGAGGUUUCUCAAGGGCAUCCAAUAAAAAUUAGCAGCUCGUUUCUUACCAAAUCUAAGAUUCAGGUUGAGCGCGUGCUUUCAAGAAAUCAAGGCCGAGUACGGAGCAUUGUUUAAAAUCACUGAACUUAUCCACAUUAAGAAAAGAUCAAUAACCUGCUGUCCAAAAUUGUCAUUUUAUUUACUUAAUCAAGUUCUUAUGGUGGCUGGUAACAGUUGCCAACGUGUUUCAGCGCUAAAUCGAGGUGGAUCGAUGUUACGGCUACAAGUUAUAGAAUUUUUCGGACGUUGCAAGUUACCAAUGCAACAGUAUACUCAAUUAAAAGCCACUCAUUUUCGGCGACUUCUUUUCCUUUUCUUAUUAUGGAAUUUUAAUCAGGGUGCGAAGAUUAACCCAUUUAAAAAAUAAUUUGGGUUCAAAAAAUGAGUGGGCUUAAAGCCAGCUUUUCAAGGAAAUGCAACAACUAUGAAGAUUUUUUUUUAAAUUGGCAAACAUUUCUUAUUGUAACGGGCCUAUCAAAAUAUUUGGAGGGUUUUAACUACAGUUACACUGCUGCUUUAAAACAUUUGCCGUCAUGAAAAUAACCAUGAUAAUGUUUUCUUUAAUAACUGGUUUUUUUCGGAAGACGUUACCUUAGCAUCGCUGGAAAAAGGGGGUAGUACUGAUCCAUCAAAGAAUUAGAAAAAUGCUGUAAAGCGUUGUGAGCAACCUUAACAUUUAAUGUUAAGUUAACAUUUCGUCUUUAACGGUUAAAUUAUCCAGUAAGCUCCGUCUAGGUCAUUAACUGUAAAGAGCACUAAGGAAUAGCUCACAUGCACAAUUGUCUGCAAUUUCUAACCGCCUCUGAAAUCACGGGAAUGGCAACCACUAUUACUGCAAAAUUAUAGGUUGAGGUUUUGUGGUAUCCAGAAUAAUCUAGGUCUAGUUGGCUGAGGCUGAUGACACUUAUCGGCACUUAGGAUUUUUCCAGAUAUCACAAUGAUCACAAAAAGAGAAUCUGAUAAUUUUGUCGUAUUAUACAUUGUGUGAAGAAAAUAAUGUCAACGACGUCGUUGAUGGAGAUUAAUUUGUGUGCUGAUUCCUCUUACACGACUAGAAAAAAGAAAUCGUGACCGACCGAUCGUGUACACACUUUCGUCAAAACAGGUUGCCAUUUUCAAGUCAGUUAAUGCGUUAACAGGAAGAAGCUUAAAUAACUGUCUUUCUGAGGGUCCCUUUUUGAAUUAGGGAAUUCUACGCAUAUCUGAUGAGCACUCAUUAAUUAUAAAGAUAAAACCUUAAAGCAUUAAAAUAACAUUUAAUAAUUACCUAACUCUUUUAACUGAUUUAUGCAUGAUGCUCCUGACUUGCGUUAGGUAUAUUUGCACGUCUUACGGGGCAGCGAAGCAACUCUACUUCCGCUGAUUCUAAAAACACCAUCCCACAAAGCAUUGUGGGAACUAGGUUAAGGGUGGUGUCCCAUCAUGCACCGCUUCCAGGGUCUUUUCCAUUGUCGCUGCGCAAGAUCGUUCCCGGCAUGGCUCAGAAGAAGGAUGAACUGUAUAAACAAGUACAGGAAGGUUAGGGCAUGUUCAAUCACAGACUGACCAAUACGUUUAAAACAUUCUGACGCAUAGACAGACCAAUAAUCUGAGAUAAUCAAAAAGAGAAUUUUACUAACCAUUGAUUGAAAAAUCAGCAGGCUAAAUAUGGGCUGGGGGGUGGUUUCGUUUUAUUGGUAAUUGAUUUACUUUUGAAUAAACUAUGUUGGGCUUUUAAACGUCGACACAACUGCUUGUCAUGUUUGUUAAUGCUGCCAGUAACAUAUGAUAAAAAAUAUUUUUAUUUAAAAAAAGGAAAGUAAACUGAGAGGUAGGUCUCCUUGAGUCCUCCUUUGUAUCGACUCACAUAAAUUCGACUAACAAACCUUAAAUUUAAUAUAACACGAAGUAAUUUUGUUCACAUCGAAUUGAUCAAAAUUAAUCAAAUUAAAUUAUGAAGUAACUUACUAUUGUUUAAAACUUGUGCAUUUUAUCUUCUUUAUACACCUCGUGUUUUUUUCACUUUAUAAAGUAAACAGGACUAACAUAGAAAAUAGAAAUUGCUAUAAACUUGCUAAUUCUCACACAGUAAUACUAACACCUGUUUUACUAACACCGUGUUUUUCUAAGAUUUUUCACCUUUUUAAUUCAGAAAUCAAGAUGAACAGCGUUCCCUCUGGCACUUCAAACUUGGUUACGGGUCAGGUAACCAAAAAUCCCGCAAUGAGCAAUCCCGUCCCGCAACCCGCAAUACUGGCCAGACCAGGCGUGUCUCGAUCAGGUGUCUUACCAGGUAAAAUAUGAUUUUAAAAAAUCAAACUUCUCUGAACACUUUCCCCUUGAAACCUCAAGUUCUGUUUACCCUGAGGGAUUGUACCCUGGCCUAGGCACCCUCCUGAAAUGUGCAAUUUUCCUAAGCGGACAGUCAUUACAGUCAGCGGACAACUGACUGAGCGGCCGCUAAGCAUAACAAACAAGAUGGCGGCAAAACAAGCACCUGUGUUCAGUGCAUGUACGGUAGUCGCUUGUGCUCGGUUUCUCGGUCUGUGAGCUUUCACUGGUAUCUUCAGGUUCACCGUCUUCUGUACAGGGGAUAUCACUGGUAGGUUAAAGAACCUAACACUCUCGAGAACGAUUUAUAUUUCCUGCUGCAAUGUUUUCGUGCGUUCACGUUACAGUUAACACCCGGUAAAAGAACCUGUGAUUUUCUGUUUUCAAUAAGCUAAUGUUAUAUAAGAUACGCAGUGAGAAACGUCAUCCUGGAAAGGUUUUUAAAACCGUUUCUGGAGAUGUUGUUCAAUACCUGAACAUUUGUAAGUAAACAAUUUGACAUUGUUAGAUAUAAAUUCUAUGCUUCUCUUGUGCUUCAGAGCGCUUUCCAUUUGUCAAAAUUCACAGGCCAGCCCAUUCUCAUCAUAAAUGUUAUGCACAAAGCUAAGGAUAUGGUUUUUCAGCAAAACCUCUUGGAAAAAGUCUGUUUCAUUGCCGAAAUGUCUGGUGCAGCCAUGGUCUUCCCGGCCAGUUUUGACGUUUGGAAAGCGCCUUCAGUCAAGGAUGCCCACCACCCUCCCCCACAGACAUUUUUUGAGCAUUUCUAUUUUUUUUUUCUUUUUUUUGGAAAAGCUGCAAAUGCCCCACAGUCAGGCCAGGUAGUUCAUUCAAAAUCCCCAUGGUUGGGCUUAAAAAAAGUGUACAAAUGUCCCACUCUAAAACAACACCAGAAUUGCAUUUUCCAGUAAAUAAGCUGCAAAUGCCAUAUUUAUAAGAAAUCUAUGUGUGAAGCACCCUUCAUUGUGGUUAAUGCAAUCAUCAUUCAUUGUAUUUAAUGCAAUCAUCAAUCUGAUUAAUCUCAAUGACAGAUUUAUAGACUAUAAUUUUAAUAGUACCUUUCUUAUUUUUGAAGGUAUUUUAAAUAGUAAAAGACAAACAAACAACCGAGGAGCUAAACAUGAGUAUUUUCUAAUCAUGAUAGAACCGUUCCCUCAACCUAUUAAUUGUCGCAUUGAUCACACAAAACACGUAGUUUACAUUAGCUUUCAAAUAACUAAAAGAGUUUUUCUAGGCCUUUUUGCCUUUAUUACCAUUCACUCACUGAAAGAAAGUUUCUUUUCCUUUUAACUUUUCAUGAUGGGUUUAGACCAAGACUAACUUUUGUAAAUCUAAAUAAAACUGGUUUCUGAACCACUUGUAAAAAUUACAGAAAUGACAAAAAAUUUGCCUUAAAUUUCACUAAAAAAGUUGUGUUAUGAGUUUGGCUUGUGUAGUAGUCUUUAACUGUGAUGCAGGAAGGCAGGUUAAGACAUAUAGUUUCUGUAAGAAACAAAUUUAUUUUCUUCCAACUCUUUAUUGGGGAGGGGUGACUUCCAGUAAAUAACUUGUUAAGUUGCUAAAGCUUUGAUUCAGUGGCUCUACUAAUCUCAUGUUUUGUGCCAUACUAUGAAUGCUUAAGUUAAACCAUCAAGUCAAUGACCUUAGUGACAUUUGAGCAUGUAAUUCUCCAUGGUCACAUGACACAGUUUUUCUCAGCCAGAAAAUAACCAUGCUAACUUUUUCUGGUUAAAAAAAAAGUACAAUGAUGCUUUCCAGGCCGGGUGUCUAUUUUUUGAAAAGAUGUGAAAAAGCCUCAAGUUAAAUUUCAUAGUGGUUCUCGUUCCCGAAACUAAUGACUGUAAUGAUUUACCUUUAUGUUUGAAAUCGAUAGAUGCCUUUUUCACUUGAAGAAACUCAUUUGAAGUGUUUUUUGUUUCCUGCUGUAAUACUUUCCUGCUUUUUGUAGCUCAAAAUUCUCUUUCGAACUGAUUCUUGUCUUAAUUAAAUGCUUACUGCAGACUGCAUUAUUGGAUUUUGAGCACAUAUCCAACUGUUUUAGAUGGAAAACCUGAUUUUUUUACACUAUUGUAGAUGGCAUCGUAGUGUCUCUCCUCUGUCUCAGGUUUUACCUGCACCAUUGCACGAAUAUUUUACACAAGUUGACAAAAAAAAAUGAUCACCUUUGCAACAUCAAAAAAACAUUUUUAAGACGGAAUCCAUCAGGAAAUUGAGUAAUUUCAAUUUCAGGGGACAAAAACCUUCUACCAGAAUAAGAAGAUAUUGCGAUAUUGUCUAAAUUACUUAAACAAUAUCGCAUUCUUUUCUAUAGAUAUAAUUAGUUAUCUGUAAUAACACCAAAGACUAUUUCUCAUGGGAGCCUGAGAAAAUAAAUGUCAAAUUUCACAAGAAUUGUGAAAACACAGGUAAAAUUCUGACAAUUUCGUGUGUAAGGUGUCAUUUUGUGAAAUUUGACAUUUAUUUGCUCGGGCUCUCAUAACAAUUUUCUUUGGUGUUAUUACAGAUAACUAAUUACAUCUAUAGCCUUUGAAAAAUGUAAAAAAGAAUGUGAUAUUGUUUCUGGUACAAGGUUUUUGUCCACUGAAAAUAAAAAUUACUCAAUUUCCUGAUGGAUUUCAUCUUAAUCUUUUCACAGGGAGGAGCAAUUUACUUGGAGACAACACUGAAACAGCAGCAGCGUCAAUCAAUGAGGCGCUCACAAGCCCCAAGAUAAUCUCUGAGAAUCAACAUUCCGCUGAUCCAUUAUUUGCAUCGCUAAACUCACAGAUCACUUCAAACCCGGAAGUAAAACUCAACGAUGAGCCCAUCGACAAUUUUUUUAAUCCAGAAGUACAGAUCUCCGGAAAAAUCCCAAGUGGAGGAAAUUCCGGCAUUGUGCCAGACGCAACUGCGGCAAGUCGGGCAGAAGUUUCAAAGGCCACUGGUAAGUUAUGCAUGGUUCACCGGCACCCAACGAUGGUUUUCUCCCAAAUACAUUGAAAACACUUUUCAGGCUACCCAGAGUAUUUUUAGACCCCUAGAAAUGCAUUCUAAGCGGCGCUAUAAAAUUUGUAUCUGUUUGGUCAUCCUAGAGGAACUUGGCUUCAGUAUUAUUUUCCUGAAAAUUUUAGAUGCAAUUGAGGCCAUUGCGAAAGUGAAUUCCUCUCUUGUUUGCAUUUUGAAUCAAAACAUUUAAGGUUCCCUUUUUGCCUAACUUGGGUGUGAAAUAUAAAAAAUAAAAUAAACUUCAAAAAAUCGGAGAGAAUUUAUUAGGUAAGCUUCGAAAAUUGUACGUGAAUAGAACGGUCAUCUAGGAAUUUUAGCCAUCCUCAAAUAAUAAAAAAUUCUAGGCAACAUUUGCUUCUCCGAACAGAUAAUUUACAGAACACAGUUGUCGGGUCCCGUAGAUAGCCGUCGGGUUCAGUUUGACUUGUUGCCAUCCCCUCGGGCAACCCCCGGGACAAAUCCAGCCCUUCAGGUCCGGGUGGUGGGGAAUUGUUUGAAGCGGUGCUGUCCCAGGGUAGGAGGGCGGGGAAUAGACCAGCAAGAAAGAAAAACAAAUACAAAUCCCCCGGGGGGGGGAUGGUGUGUUCUGAGGGGAUGGUAACAGGUCAAAUUCAAACAUGCAUUAACAGAGUUAAUCUCUCUGUACAUAACACGUGUAGUUUUAGCAGAAAGGAAUGUCUCCCGCUUUGAAAUUUUAAUAAUCUUGGUCUCAGUUCAUUCCUUGGGUGUAAUUAUAAGUGAUUAAGUUUAUACCGAUACCGUAUUUCGACUAAUGAACAGACUCAUUAGUAAAUGCGACAGAACGAUUGAAAAAUUGAGGUACGUGAUUGAUACAGAAUUAUGGAUGACCAAAUAGUUAUCAAGUCUGUUAUGAUGAUGAUAAUGAUACUGAUGAGGAGGAGGACAAUAACGUCAAUGAUACUGAUUGUAGUGAAGGUAGGGGUCAUUAAAAAAAUUCAAUCUACUUUUGAUAUUCUUUCUUCUGUGUAGGUUCUUGGUAUGACAGUUGAAUGUUUCACUAUCAAUCUUAACUGCUCUUUAGGAUUUUCUUGUUUUGAAUUCAUGUCAUAGGAAACAACCCUCCGGCCACGGAAAAAGGAAUCGCAAAUGGAAAGAUUCCCGCCUCAAAUUCAGCUUCAAACCUGCCACCACUAAACCAUCUAACUGAGCCUGCGCAGAACCUACCGCCGCUGAACUAUGGUACUGAAAUGGCGGGCGCUUUGCCUCCGCUUAAUCACAACGUGGAGACAGCGUCAAGUCUGCCUCCACUGAAUCACGCUAAAGAAGAAGCGGAAAAUUUGCCUCCACUGAUGCAUGGAAUUGAGCAAGCAGCAAGUCUCCCUCCAUUAAACCAUGGUAAUGAUGCUGUACAGAGUUUUCAUAGCCUUCCCCCUUUGAAUCAUGGCACAGAACAAGCAGAGAACCUUCCACCCCUUAAUCACGGAAUCGAAACCAACAGACUUCCGCCCUUGAAUCAUGCAAAUGAGCAGGCGGGAGUAUUGCCGCCCUUAUUGCAUGGCGUUGAGCAAGCGAAAAACGCUCCAAGUUUAGACGAUUUUGAAAAGGAAUCUGCAGCAAGCGUGGAUGCGUUAUCAGCCUUCACAUCACAGACAAACAACGAUUUCAGCAAUAAGGGUAAGCAACCUCUUACAGAAUUUCCUUUACACUCUUAUUCGGUGUUAAAAGAUUCCGAAGAAAAACUUUACAAUGCUGACACUGCGAAGUCCAAUUUACUUCAGCCUAGCGAAGAACAAUCAGACGAGGAAACUGAUUCGCUUAAGAAUUACUACUACUCAACGAAACCUGUCGUUCAAGGAAAAGAAUUCAUUGACCAACAGCCGUAUGUAGCUGCCGACAAUAAGCAAACCAUUAACAGUUCUAAAAUCGAUACCGAACUAGCAUCGACAGAAUCCUAUGAAAAUGCUCAGUCAAAAGAUUCUGUUCCGUCCGCUUAUAAUGACGAGGAGGAACAUCAAAAACUUCUAGAUGCGGAUCGAAUGUCGCAAGGCAAGACAAAAUCAACCUCUUCAGCGUUGUUCGAGAAUAAGGAAUCUCAAGGUACAACACGUGGUUUAUUUUGAAAGUAUAAUUUCUCUUAUGUGUGAAAAGAAAAACAGCGAAUUAUCGUUGAUAAGUUUUAAUCAGUUUCUGUUAAUUUAUUAGUUCUCAGUGCUUCGAUAAGCCUAAAUAGAGAUAACGCCCAGAGAAAAAUAGUAGGUGAAUUUACUGACCUAUUUUGUGGAACUCCAGUGCGCUUAAAAUAUACGUUUUUCAAUCUCGGAAGUGGUAUUCGGAAAGCCCCAAAAGGAAAACAAAUCCACGGGAAAAAAGUUUGUUCCAAAAAAUUGAAGUAUAGUGUAACGUUAUACGACGUUUCGUUCUUUCUAACGUCGUUAUCAAUAACGUAAACCGUCAAGUGUCAAAGUUGUUAAAAGAGUUGAAGUUUGAUAAAUUCGAUGGCAUUCGUUCAUGCUUCAUGCUACCUUAACUCUUUUCACAACUUUGACACUUAACGGUUUUGAUUCUUGAUAAUGAUUUUAGAAACAUAGAAUCGUCUAACGUCUUGUUAAAUGCUUUGAAAAACAAACGUCCGUUCGGUCAGCAAUCCAAUGGCAUGAUUCCAUAUAAGCAGAUACCGUGAAACAUUAAAUUGAGAAAAAACACAUUGCCAUCAACAAUAGGGGCGGCCAAAGAUCCACUCGCGAAUUUUCUCCGCGUUUGGCAGAAGAAACCAGCACAAGAAUUUCGCCCCUUUUCUUCCCAACUGAACGAACUACGUCACACCACGAAUUCGCCCUCGGGCAAAAUGUUUGACAAACCAGCUACAAAUUACAAGGAUCAUGCGAGUGUCAAAAAUAACAAAGCAUCGCUAAAGCAAGAAAUUGCAAAAGAGAAAGAGCAGAUUGUGGACUCUCUAGGAAAACUAGAGCAGGGCCUAGAAGAGGCUCUUGCUGAAACAAGAGCAAACGUUCCAAAACCGGUUUCGAGGAACAACUUUGAUGAGAGACUGCGAUUCCAAGUUCAAGCUCCCAGUCCUGGUCCGCCCAACAUUCAAUUACCACGAGACAAAACCUACAAUCCACAUGACGAACGAUAUAACCCAACGCUAAAUUUACCAACUAAUAAUGUACGUCCGAGGUCCCAACUUUUAAGUAGUAGAACUAAUACGCCUCACGCUUGGCAUCCUCCAGAAGUGGCGGUAAACUGGAUGGCUAAUAGGUUUACUUCAGGACCGUACGUACCCCAGGGACAGCCUUAUUUAUCAAACGUACAAAAUUAUCAACCAAAACUUGACGACGAAUUCCAGCGCCUGGUGCCUAAUCCAGUAUCUAAUGAGUUGACCUCAAAUGUAAAUCAACAAGCCCAAAGCUUGAGAUUUAAUGAAGUAAAAACUAACCCAGUGAAUACUAGUCUAAAUUUAAUGUAUAAUACAGUUGACAAUCGACAGAGAAACGGUAACGAAAUAGGCAAUGGUGGGGUCUCCAUGACCAGCCAGCCUCCUUAUAGUAAUGACUUUAAUUCACCUAGUUCGCCUAACUAUGUUAACCAAUAUCUUAUUAACCCAGGUGACAUGUUACAGAGCUACGUUGGUAAACCUCCCUUGACUCCCCCUCUUGAGCAUGCGUAUCCGCAAAUGAGCCAUCAGCAUGCGGCUCUUCUCCCGCCAUUAAAUCACCAGGAACUUCCGCCUCUCAACCACAAUAACUUGCUAGCUGCUCCUGAGACCUCCAGGUAUACCGGAAGUGAUGCAAAUGCGUUGUCAAGCCAAGGUAAGGCACAUUGUAUUAACUUAAGGUUGCAAAGAAAAAUAAAAUAGCUGCAGCCUCGUCCACAGGUUAAUUUGCGUCAUGCGGGUAAGCGGAGAAGGCUUGGAACCGAGCGUGGCCCAGGCGAAUAGACUUUAUUCGAGAUACGCGCCAUCUUUGCACGCGCUGUAUGAUUGAUGGGAGAAAAGCAAUGUCACAUGGUAUUCCAGGGGCAAACAAUAAAGAUAAAAUCUGCCAAUAUGAGUAAUCGCGUGCGAGUUUUUUUAUUCUCUAAAAACGAGACGAUAUUUAUAGUCUUGCAAAAUGUACAGUUCAAGUCUCGACAAGUUUUACGUCAUUAUUUCUUGUUGUGAUGACAUGUACGGUCGCUAAUACAACCGAAUCACUUUUACCCAUAAUUCACCAUUUUUGUUUUUAAGAUAAAAUGUUCUUCACUUUCUGUCGUCAAGAAUAAACAAACACGACAGCGAUUUCUUGUAUUGGUAUUUUUUUAUCACUUGUUUGCCACCUGAGAAACUUCGUGACAUUGCUUUUAUUCCAUCAAUCCUCAAGCGCGUGGAAAGAUGGCGGGUUUCGUGAAUGAAGUCUAUUCAGCCGACAUGCUUGACGGGCGACGUCGCAUCCGAACUCGACGAGGACCAUUUGGUACGAGGCUGCAUAGCUGUUUUUAUUGAAACGCAUAAGCUACAUUUACACCACAUUUACCACCAUUCUUGAAUAUUGUAGCUUAAGGCACAUGUUGAGUCGUGAGUCAGCAAUUCGCUUGACCUAAUCCCUGCAUACUGAGCCAUUUCCGAGUUCCCCCGGGCCAAUGUAUCAAACGAGGUUAGGUGCUCAACCUUUGAUAUGGAAAUGAUUUUUCUUUCUCAAGCAAAUAGAACUCAUUUCCACAAGAAGGGUUGAGCACCUAACCUCGUUUUGAUACAGAGGCCCGGGGGAACUCGGAAAUGGCCUAUUCCUUUAAGCUAUGUAAUUCUUUUGCCAUGGUUGGGAUAAAAAGCUUUACUUGGAUAAAACGAACACUAUAUCGAUAGGCUGUGUGUUAGAGUCUUGUGCAAACGUUUCUAGAUUUAAGAAUUUGUUCAUGCUUAGCGUGCGUAUUUCGAGUUAUGGAUGCACGCGGGAAGUUUGGAGAGCACGAAAGAUGCGUAAGAGUUGCACGAGGCAAUAGCCGAGUGCAACCCUAGCUUCUUGAGUGCUCUCCAAACUUCCCAAGUGCAUCCAUAACUCGAUAUACGCACAGCUAAAAGCAUGAGCAAAUUCUUUUAUAACAUAACUGACAAAAAUGCUUGCUUUUUGGUUAACUGCAAAAUUCUCGUAACGCGCUACACAAUAACAAACGGUUCUAUUGGCUUAUUACGAACACGCCAUAAUCGUCUAGUUUGAAUGAAAAUAUUCUUUCGGUAAAACUGAGAAAGAAAAUUUCCUUCUUUAUUCGUUAACGAUCAAUGGAAACUAAGCAGAAACAAAGGUUAAAAGAGUCUUAAAGUUCACCUAAAGUUAAAAUACUAACAUGUCAGCUGACAUGUUCGUAAGAAGUCGUGGAGUAUGGUUUGGAUUUGCUGAAAACACGUUUACGUUUUGCUCGGCGAAAUCCAGAAAACAUGUUUUUAGCGGAGACGACUCAUGACGACUGUCAUCCUUCUUUAAACUCAUAUACAUUUACGAACAUUGGCUGGUCAUUACGGCUUCUUGAGAAGACCUGGCAGCAGUUGUUUUUGUGAGUAAUAAAUUUAUGUCUUCUUGUGUACAGUAUGCGGUCCUUAGUCCUAGUCUAAAAGUCAUUAUCUUGAAUAUCUUACCCAAAUCUUCACGUGACGAGCUGAAAUACUCCCUAAAUAUAGCUUUUAUGUUCCUCUCGAUAAUCCUGAGGUUUAAAGUUCCAGACAUAAAUAUUUUGCUUAGAAUUCGAAAAAAGGCGACCGUUUUCGAUGGUCCUUGGUCCGCGAAUGUGGUCCUUGGUCCGCGUCUCAGGCAAGCAGCACGAAAAAAAACGUAAAAAUUUUAUAGUUUCCACGCGAAAUCGUGAUUUUCACACUAUUUCAUGUAUUUUUUUUUCUUUUCUUGAUGUAAUUAAGCUAAAGUUUUUUUCGGAAGAUGUUGUGAGUAUAAAAUAAUCUGCUUUUCUUUCAAAGACUUCAGACAACAGUCUCCUCCGGUCUCCCACACGAGCGUCGACGAGCGGUUUUCAGCGCGGUCGAAAAUAAUUACCAAAAACUCUGUAUGUAUUCGAGGUAUUAAAAAAGGAGAACUUGUAGACAUGUAAUAGGGACGAUUUUCAAAACAUUCUUCAUAAAACAAAGGCUGUCGCUUUUUAUUUUGGGAAGUUUUAUUCAACCAAGGUCAUAGGUCGCCGACCAAAGAUCGCUAAGCGAAAUUUGGUGAUAUUUUUCAAGAGUCGGUGAAACAAAAAAUUCAGAGUCUACAGCAACAUGCUUCCAACCGCAGAAAUAAGUUGAUCUGAGAACCCGUUCGGCAAAAAAGCACGUCUUCCCGUUGCGUUUUAUUUAUUGAUCGUUUUCACUGUCACGCAACAAAAAAAUAAACUGGAAACCGUCCAGUGGAAGAAGCCAAGAAAAUGAAGUGUUACAAAGGACUAAUUUUUAAACAAUUUUUCCAAGUCUCAGGUCUGUUUGGCUCGCAGUUUUUGAGUUAAUUGCCGAAACGUUUCACGCACCUUUGUAGAGCUUUGUAUGGUGACGCCAUAUUGGUGCACCGUUUUGGUGCACCAAUAUGGCCGCCGGAAAUCGAUAAAAACAUCUGAAGUUCACUUGUCCGAUAAAAGCUCUUUCUUUUCUCUCGAUAACUAGAAGCGUACGUGCGCAUAAACAUAUCUUCUAAUACUUGAAAUGGUUAUACUACUGAAAAUCAAAAGGAGAGACUUUUUUUCAACGAGACAGCAUUCCUAUUUUGAUGUCACGCACUGUGAAAACUCAGAAGUUCAAAUUGCUGUACUUUCGAAAUGAAACAUGCUUCGGGAAUGGAAACUUGUACAAAGAUUCACUUUUUGUUUAUCUUCGACUUAGUGUACAUAAGAAUUCGUAAAUCCUCGCUAUUUUGACUUUACAAUUUGAUGACGUCACUGUGAAAACCAUCUAUUCGCAGGCUAAGUAACAGGGGCACCCAACGACAAUUUUCGGAAAAUUAUCUGUUCGGAAGACGAUUUGAGGUCUAGAAUUUUCGGAUCAUUUUCUGAAAAAUUUCUCGCUUGCCUGCCUCUCCUAAGAUUUUCGAACUUCAAAAAAAUCGUAUAAUUGCCCAUUUUUAACGGAUUUUUACCCUAAAAAGGUCACCUAGAAUUUUCGGGAGCCUUUUUUCUUCCUGAAAUUUUCGAAAAGGUAAAUUUUGAUCCCUAUAAUUUUCGGAUCACUAUACUUUCAGCUAGGAAAUCCGAACAGAUGGAAAAUUUUUAGGGCAUAAAAAUAAGCCUUUAUCUACCGUUUAAAUACUAAAGUACGUUCAACAAUGCUAUGUUUAUGUGGUUUUGAACUAUAUUCUCGUUGGGUGCCCCUGAAGUAAACAUGACCAUGUAAUUUACGGUGCCGCAAAAAUCCGAACUUCAAGAAAGACAAAUUAACCUACCUGUCAACAAACUUUAAUUUCGCGUCUUCACCAACAACAAGAAAGCCGAGACUUCGUCGUAUGAAAGAAUGUUAAUCAGUAAAUCACGAUAUCUUUCAUUAUUCACCGUAUUUUGUUGCUCCAAGAAAUAUUUCAUCAUUUUCAGAAAAGUUGCGGACCAAGGACCACAUACUGUAAUUUAUGUUGUUAUUGCGAGAGAAAUUUUACUGCUUCAGUCGGAUUGUCCGAAGAUAACAAAAGUGCAUAACAAAUUUAAAAACAACAAUAAAAACGGAAAUUUUACCUUUAAAUGAUGUUGAUGACCAGUUGGUGUCUGUUCUGUUCCCAGUGAAUGUCUUUUGGCCAAAAUUUGCUGCAGCUGGUCUUCCGACAAAUUUGCGAAACGCGCAACUUGCGAGUGUUUUUUUAAUUCGGCUUUAUUUUUGCUGCUUGUUGGAUCAGGACCUAAAAGGUCAAUGCCGAUAGAAAAAUUGGGGUGUUCUUCGCUGGUUUCUUCCAUAUUUUAAAGAGAACGAAAACCGCACAGCAGCUUAAAAGACGACACCUUUGCAACCAGGUACGGGCGUGCGUAAAUAAAGAUUUUGUUCAUAGCGGCUCAAUAGGACUUAUAUAGGGUAAGCACGCGCGCUAUGUUAUAAAAAUAAAUUAACUGCUAACCACUAAAAAUCAGCUAAGGAAGAUAAAAGUAAACUAACAGAAACCUUGGCGAUGCUGGCUGAUUUGACUGUUAUAAUCAACUUUUACACGUCAGGAAAUCUACCUCAAACAGGUCAAACAAGGACUUACUCGAAACCCGCACCCCCGAUAUAUCCCUUCACCAUCCCCCCUGAGGGAGAGCAAGAGAACCAAGGUUACCAUGGAGACAAGGGAAGGAACAGCUAUCAUGAAACACCAAAGGUAUCUUUUUAUGUUUGCUUUAAGUGGACUGCAUGGCCGAGUGGUCAGCGUGUCGGACUCGCAAUCCGGCUCCCCGGGAUUUGAGUUCCGCGCCUACGACCAGCCGGAGUUGUUUCUUGGUCCUCCUGAGUUCAAAUCCAAAGCCGUCCUUGUAAAUGCCAGUUGGUUUUUAAUCCUGAUAUGUUAUAUUUGUAUCAUUUGCUUCAAUUUACCUGCAACUUGUUAGCGCAGCUUACUGCACGUACUUCCUCUAUGGAUAAAGCGUUGACCUCUUUUUUUUGCUCCAUGCUUUGAGUUUAGUUUUGUCAAGGAGAAAUUGCAUAAAUUCUGUGAUGCGAGAUAUUUCCGUUUCCGAUAUCCACAUAAAGUGUAUACAGGGUUUUCACUCACAAAUGCAAAUUUACUAUGACAACGGAAAGCGUUUACGUAAGAAAACAAGUUCAGCUCCCACAGGACUGGUUUGGGACACAAACAUGGCCGCCUUUUCAUUGUUUUUGGACAUCAACAUGGCGGAUGUGACGUCAUAUCAGUCAUAUCAUAAAAAGGCUCUCUCUCACCGUCUGAAUUGCUGUGAAUUCUUUUACCAUUUUUGGUUUUUUGUUUUGCUAUUGGUAAGUUACUGCAACUGUAAAAAAUGUUGGGAAAAUAAGAUAAUAUAAAUUUUUUAUUGUAAUUCUCCCUCAAUGCACCUCCUUUCCUCCUUUAAGGCCGGUUCUGAUGCCUCGGCUCGUGGAUUUCUACCAUCGUCGCAGCUCGCUCAGUUUUACCCAGUGGGCCCGCCAAAAUACCCCCAGGUAUGAUUAGGGCUGUUCCAAAUUUCUAAUAAUGUGGAUGCUUAAGAACGAUAGCGAACUUAAGCAAAAAGACGCACGUCAACUGAAAGUGGGAUAUUUGCAUUCGUGGGAAGUGGUUUUUCCCAUAUUUUGGGCUAAAUCGUCUCUAUAAGAGAAAAAGACACUUAGCAAUUCAAAUUUGGAAUCAUCAAGGCAUAUUAAAAGGAAAAGGUCUCUCUUCCGAUUAACGUUCGUCGCUAAAAACGAGGCUUAAGCUCCCUAAUAGCUUUUACUCAGAUUGGGCAGAUGUUAAAUAUGACGUCUGGAUCUUAUGGGUGUUUUAAUGGAGCAGUAUCUCCCAGUCAAUAAUUGUCGUGUUCUUUCAAGUCUUUGUCUCAACUCCAAAGUUACGUAAGGUUGCGAUAACGUUUUACAACCUGGCGCUACUAUCAGUCGUUGUAUUCACGGCAACAGUCGUUUUCUGGCACUCAUCGACGACGCCCAUCUUCACAGAUGAGUCAACAACGAUCCUGCAAGAUAUAUGGGGAUAUAGAUAUAUAGGGAGCUUAAAGGCGGUUUUGAGCGACGCACGUCUAACCGAAAGUGAGGCCUCUUCCCUGUUAAAAUGUUAAUACCAAAUAUGUGUUAUUAAGUGUCUUUACUCUUAUAGAGGCAAUUUUUCCGAACUUUUGGGCAAAACCACUGCUCAAGAUACCUAGGCUCCCUAAUAUGAAACAAGUAUGCAUUAUUGAUUAUUGAACAUUCAGCUAUCAUCACCGAACAAGAUUGGUUCUUCUGCGUUUAGGACAUUAAACGGCCUCUUGUGGACGUGCCAUAGAAGAAACAUGAAUCACCCGUCUAAUCAAAUGACUUUAUUGUAUUACCUACAUAUUGUAUUUUAUUACCUACAGUAACUAGACAAAUCCCUGUAACUUAUCUUCCUUGUAAUAAAGUAAUCUCAGCCGUUAAAGGUUAAAUUAGCUAAUUAUUGCUAAUAAUAUAGAUAUGGAUUUAAAAUGUUAAUUAUAUUAUUGACUAGUAAUCUUAUAAUUAAUAUUUGAAUAACAAAAAGUAAACCUUUUCCAUCUUUUAUCUCACAUACACAGUCACCAUCACUCAUAAUCAUAACAUCAACCUUUUCGCCUCGACAACGUAACUAUUAACCUUUUCAAGGAGUCGAUACACUUACCGACUAAUUUAACGUACAAGUGCUUUCAGUUUUGUAUCCGUGGUAUGUUUGGUUUGUGAUUUAUGUUUGAAUUCAGCGAUGAAGUAAGGCUGACAAUAUAGUGGGAUAAUAUGUAUACAUUCCUUCAUGUAAUAUUUCGUGAGGCUGCCUGGUUUUUUUGAGGGAAUAUAACGGAUUUUUCCUGAAAAUUCCAAUAGAUGACUGAGUUAUCAAACUCGCUAAUAUUUCAAAAGACAAAGGGAAUUGUGCUCCCAGCGGUGUUCACUGGAUAUCUGAUAAACACACAAAACUUCUCGGUUUUUGCAUCCUUUCUCUUGUUGUUCCGAAUCAUUUUGCUUGAGGACUUAUAUCAAACUCCUCGAAUUUUGAUUGUAAACAAAACUGCGCUAUUUGUCGUAUAUUCAACCCUCUUCUUGGUUCGGUUUUUAAUAAGUGUUAAAAUACUGUCUCUCGUGUUUGUCAUAUUUUCUGAACUUUGCGUGUGGCGUCGCAACACUUAUGUUAAUUAGACUGGAACUUAAUGCUCGUCGGAUAAAAUUUUGGUGUUUACUUGCAUUUGUACUGUUGGUGUGAUGGGCGUGUGGUCUAUGUACGCUGGAGAAGGUUUGAGGCGAUCUGCACCGUGUGCAGCGAGGGCUAUGAUUUGUUCAUGAAGUGACAGACAGAGAACCCAGACAAUGCCCCAAACCCCAAUAACUAAAGCAGUUGAAAGCUAAUACCAUGGGCGACCUUGCAGCUCUCGGAACACCUCACGGGAUUAGUUGGGAAAACAAUGAACAACCCGCAAGUUAACAAUUGAACCUAGCCCUAAAACAAAACAGCAGCAACCCGUGAAGGCCAAUUAAAUUACUGUUUCUGAAGAGCUGCAAGGCCACUGUAAUGCGACCAAUAAGCGUAGAGACCACGAGAGGAUGCAGACUCGACGCAGAUCAACCCGUGGGUUGGGGCGCUCCAGGGGACGAAAAUAAUUAAUUACUUCACCCGCCAAUGAUGUAGUUAUAUUCCCUGAAGAAGUCAGGGCAAGUCCGAUUAACUGUUGGAAGAAAGGAAAGAUACAUAUUUCCUACUGUUAUUUCUAUGUUUCUCUCGUGUAAAUUGCGUUAACCUGUAAUGUCAACAGCAAGCGGUAGCUCGCCAAUGGUUCCCGGAGGGUGGAAACCCGUAUCCAAUCCCACUGCCACCAGAAGGAGGUCAGAAUGAUCCAAUUGAUAAAAACAGCGCUGGCUACACUGUAAGAUCAAAUUAAAUACAAAUACAGUUUUAUUCAUUUUAACGUCGCAAGAGAGAACGCGAGGGAAAUCCGUCGGCCAAAAAAAACUUAUAUUAGCAAACGUCGUAUACUUAGUUGUCUAAUUAGGAUGUUCUUCUUAGCAAGUUAAAUAGCAAGAUUCAAUUUGAUAUUUUUUGUUCGACUCAAAACCAAACGAAGGUAGUUUUACCAGAUACUUACCUGUGGGCAGUUGACAAUGUCUAUAUCUGAUUGGUUCUUAGUCUCAGGGCACGAAACAAAAUGAUGUACUUAAAGAAAACUUGAAAAAUCUUAAACAAUAUUUUCUGGCCUGUCCCCUUUUAUCGUCACAAUUUCAUUCAGCAGCUGCAAGGGCCGCAGGAACAGCGCCAGCCGUUUGACAGCAACUUGUUGGUGGAUCCAGAAACAGACUCAGCGCCUCAGUUGACAGCAUUGUGGAAGAAGGGAGAUUCUCGUAAAACUGUAAGACAAUUAGCUUUCAGCACUUUUCGGUCCGCAUUAGAGUUCCAUUCAUUGAACUUUUUCAAUGACUCGUAGGAAGCCGCUUUACUUGAUAGUUCUUGAACUAUAACGUUUGGAAAUCCCGCGAUCAAUACGUAAAAACACGAAAGUAAGAAUAUAUGCCAGACCCCGCAUUACCAGUUCAUAUCAUACCAUACCAUGUCAUACGAUACCGUGACAUAUUCCAUAAUCUCCACAGUUUUCCUGUAAAAGGUUCGUAAAAUACUAUACAUACUAUCGCAAGGCAAAAUUAUUUUGUACUCUACUUAUAAAGUAGAUACUUACCGUAAAACCCCGUUAAUACGACCAGCCUCGAACCCUACCCGUCGUCAUAACGAGGUGUGUGUGUCUGUGUGUUUUAUUUUUUGUUUAUUAUUAUUAUUAUUAUUAUUAUUGUCUAUAUAUUUUUUCUUUCUUUGUUUCGUUAAUAAGCCUGGUUUUCACUGACGCAUUAGCAUAAGAUUAAGCAUAACUACAAGCACAUAUGUAAGCAAGUGAAAACUGGGUUGACAUAAGCAUUAGCACAAGGAAAACGGACAAGUUGGUUCUUCUUGUGCUUGUACUUAUGCUUAUUCGUAGCUUUGACUGGUGAAAACGAGGUCUAAUCAUAGGCCACUUUGACCCAGACCUCAUGCGAACAUAUAAAAAGCAAUAUGGCGGACGAAGCGUCCGCCAUCUUGUUUAUCAUGGGGUUGAGGAGAGCUGGCAUCGAGAAUUGAGUGAAAAAUACCAUUCUGCGCGUUCGUAUGUCCUUAUGCUUAUGCUCAUGCGCUGGUGAAAACCAGGCUUUAGUAGUUUCAGUAGACGCUAAAAUAACAUGAGAGAAUGGACUAUCUUGGGCUAUAAUUUAAUGAAUCACUUACGCUAUGUUCAUACUGUACCGGAGCGCUUUUGCGUCGCCGUGAAAACCAUACCGGAUAAGGCUUCUGUUCACACACAGGAACGGUUGUGGCGGCGCGAUUUCUGUGACGGAGCAAAGCUGCACCGCGCCGAUUUCUAAAGCGGAGAGUCAUACCAGAUUGGUUUUUGUGGCGCUACGAAAAGCCAGUGGCGGAUCCAGGGGAGGGGCCCUGAGGGCCGCCCCCUCCUUAUUUUUAGACCAAACUGAGGCCCGAAGGGCCAAAAAAACAUUUGAGACCCCCUUCCCUAUCUAAGGGUCUGGAUGACCGGGCACCCCCUUAUCUCGAGGUCUGGAUCCGGCAAUGAAAGCUAUCCGGUACGUAGUAUGAACAUAGCCUUAAUGACUGGUACCCCAGGAAAUUAGCUAUUUUCUCUCCAAUCUCAGUUUUUCAUCCGGCUACGCUUUGGGAAACAAUGAAAUUGGCGGGAAAGAAAAUUAACUCACUGUUUCCGUUAGGACCGGUAAUCAAGUUAUUACGACUCAGCUUCUCAGUUCUGGAGAUGUAUGUUGAGGCAUAAGAAACAUCAAGUAUUCGUUCAGCUAAAAAAAUGCGAUUAUAUUUAGUAAUGUUUGUUUUUGCAUUUUCUGUUCUAUUGCGGUAACUGGCCAAGGGUGGUUGUUAAUUACCCCUUAAGUAACUUUUCUGAGGCCUAUUUCGACCAAAUUCUGGUAGAAAGUUUAUAAUUGUGUGUAUACUUUCAAUUGACGUCGAUAUGUAUUUAUAGACUCCAAAGCCAUGUGAAGGAAACGAGUUUUGCCCCUACCCCCUACCCUAUCCAAUACCACUCCCACCAGAGGGGCAACAAGAGGAUCAGCUAAACCAAGGGACAGGGCAAAAUACCAAUCCAAAUCCCAAUAUUGGAAAGAAGAACUUGAUUCGACCUAAACCAGGUUAGAUACUGAGGAGCUACUGACAAUAAAUUAUAACUAAUUGAUGUGUUGUAUUCUUUAUGCAACCGAACAGAUGGCUAUGCAGACAAUAGUUACAGCAGUGUCCACUCAAGCAAAAUACACUCAUCUACGUAAACACACACUGGCACCAAACACCCACACACGUACUCUUUCAACCAUUACAAUUAAUUUGCUGCUUAUCAUUGCUUACUUUGCAGCUUUACAAAUUUCCAUAGACUUACAAAAAGCAUACAAAUACAGAUAGAUAUCUUGUACGUAAAGGGGUCUUGUAUAAUCGUUUCUCUUUUGCUAAUCCUAACGUAGCGUUUUUCUUUGCGAACAAAUAUGUGACAGUGGCAACGUGGGGCAGCUGAUUUUAAAAACAAAGUUAACGAAGAUCUCGGUUUGAAGCACGACAAUCAGUAAAUUCAGGGGCCCAUUUCUUGAGAGACCAGAUAUCUUUUAGGUUUAUUUUUUGUUAGUUUUGAAAACAAUACAGUGAAAGCACAAAUGCAGACAAUAGGAAGGAUGGUGGUAAUAUAACGAACGCUACGAAUUGUGGAAUAUCUCUUGUUAUGAAAAUAUUCUUGUUUUAUUUCCAGUACCGAGAAUAGCAACAUCAACAUUAACAACUUCUUAUUAGCUAAUAUUAAUUUUCGGGGUAUUAAGCCAAAAAAUGCUAGUCUUAGCGUGAUUUAAGUAGAAUCUUACAUUAUCUAUCGAAAUAUGUUACGUUUUUGUAAUUAUGUGGAAACAAAAAUGGAAGAAAAAACGAAAGAGAAUGAGGUUUUAAGAAAGAGGAAAAGGAACGAAAUGGUAUUCAAUCAGAAGCGACGAGAGAUAAAAACCUAAUGUAAAUGAAUGCACUUGUUUUUAGACCUUCAGUGUGGCGCUGGUUGGACAGGGGCUUUAGGUGACUUUGGCUCCUUCUGUUACCAAGAAAUUUUUGAACAUAAAACUUGGGAUAACGCACAUCAAACAUGUAAGAGCCUUGGAGGCGAACUUUUCAGCGUCACCAACGCUUAUGAACAACGUUUUCUUGAAAACUUUACAAACAUCGAGUCUUGGUUGGGAUAUCGGGACCAAUCCCGCGACGGGACGUGGUCUUGGAGUGACUCCAGUCUGUCUGUGUUCACGAACUGGGACAGCAGCGCGAAAAAUGAUAAUGGGAAGGGGAGAGACUGUGUCUUGCUAAAUUCCCAAGAGGGUAAAUGGAAGGAUGCGUCAUGUUCCCAGACGCAUGAAUAUCUUUGCAAGAAAAAUGUUGAAGGUAAGUAGAUUAAGAAACCUGAAAGGUUGCUUUGGUAAAUUGUCAUUGGUUAUUGGGCACUCAUCAUUUGCAUAUCUCCCACAAUACAUUUUGUUUGCCCCCCAAAAUUUUGUAUAUCCUUUGUUUUCAAUUUCUACUGGGUAUUACAGUCGUCCCAGGAGAAAUUGAAAACAAUGCCUAUGCAACAUUUUGGAGGAAAAACAAUUCUGGGAGAUGUGCAAAUGGCGAAUUGCACAUUUGGGCGUACCGAACUCACUUCAAAGAUUUACUUGAGUGACCACCAAAUAAUAGCUUUCCAAUGUGCAAUUUCCCAAAGCAACCUUUAUUGAAUCAGGUUUAUUUUGUGGUUCAUUUUUAUCCUUGGUGUAAGCCUUAUUUCCCUUUGUUUCAGUCUUUUAAUCAUACAUUACCACUAACCUUAAAACAAAGGAAAAUAAAAUUUCAACCAAGAAGAACGUUGAACCACAACAUAUAUACCAAAGAGGAAUGUGUUUGAGAUAAAUUUCUUUUCUUUUUGAGUAACUGGGUCACCGAAGGAAAACGGCGACGGAGAUCUUUCAAACAACGAAUGUUUUCUUAAACAUCAUCGUACUUUCAUUUGUAGUCGAGCUUGCGUAGCAGCGAGACUCGUAAUGGGCAAGCCAUUUUUUCCGUCGUAUUUAGGCCAGAAAAGGGGAUCAUGGACCUAGGCGUUCCUAGCGGAGACCGUAGAAACUAGGAAUAAGAAUGGUGACGUCACUGAGAACAUACAAUGUAUUAAAAAUUUUCCACAGCGCCCUGCGUGUUUUGUGAAGAAAGCUUUGGAAGCGAAAUAUGUCGAGCUUUUCGGGAACGGGUCGGUCUAUGAAUAUUAUCGCUUAAAAGUGCUGAUUACUUUGGAAGAAGUGAAUAUUUCAGUAGUCGAAAAAAGCAGAAUCUUUAUGAGAAAAACUUCAAUGAUGAGGCAAACCCGUCGGGUGUUGUAAACUUCCAUUCUAUGCAAAUGAGUUUUGCGAUAAGCAUGCAUGCAUGCAUAUUGUCCGUGAUGAUUGGAAUGACACGCCAUGUUCAUCACUUUUUAGCUCUUUGGCAAUGAUGCAAUUUCGAAUUGAGGCCAUUGAUAUUCGUGUAUUUUUCACGCGUACUAAAUCAAUCCAGAAACAAAUCGUCGAAUAUAUACGAUAUAAAAAGUAAAUACCCGGAAGAAUACUCGACCGUUCAUAAAGUAGGACGUGAAAAACUUGUAGGGAGGAAAUCCUGUUUCGUGUAGAAAGCCGGUGUAUUAAUUACGAAAGCGAAGAGUUCGAAUGCAAGUGAAUUUAAAUACCCGUGAAAAGAGACGUUACGUUUCUCAAAGUUUUGAAGCAAUUCCUGGAACUCUAUCGUAAAAUAGGUUUGUUUUUUUUAUUUCAGGUUCAAUUUGUUGUAUGUAUUUAAUUGAGCCUGUUACUGAGCUGGCAGUUUUUUCUCCUCCCCCACGUGGCUUCCACGCCCACUCACAGGCUCACCAAGAAUAAAAUCGCCUCCUCACUCCGUAUUUAAUCUCCAAGCAAGAUCGACUUAACGCUUUAAAAGAGCGUCUUGUUUUAUGUCAGCAAUGACAUAAAUGAGAUACAAUAAAUGAAAUUGAUUGUUUUUCUGUCAUUGAUACGAGCGACUCGUAAAAAUUCCAACUUCUCCUAAGAGGAGUCGCACUUGUCCAGGAAUAGUUUUUUGGGUUGCCUGUGUCACUGAAAACUAUCACCAAUUAUUUGUAAGCAUGUGUCAAAUUAAUGGUCUUCUUUUAUUUUAAAAGAUUGUAAUAAGGGCUGGAAGAAAUUGACUCUGAAUUCAGUCCAAGGAUGUUACAAACUCUUUAAAGACAGGAAAACGUGGGAGCACGCACUUGUGUCUUGUAUGGACCAGAAAGCAUCGCUUGCCAGCAUACUUAGUGAUGAUGAAGAAACCAUGAUUUCACAGGUUGGAAACUAGCAUGGCUAUUUUUUCCUUGAUUAUUAUUUCUCCUUUUUGAAAACUGAAAAAAGUAUGCCAAACAGAAAUUUAGUGCGAGAACGUUGCAUAAAUUCCAAAAAAAAGUACUUGUUCCUUUCAGUGUUCGUAUUUCCUUGAAUAAGCGCCCACGCUCCUAGUCUAAUAAGCACCCUCCCUCGAAUAAUCGCCUAUCCCCAAGACCGAAACAUCGAACAAGCGCCCCUCCCUUCCCCUCCCCGCUAACUUUCUAAAACAGUGGGGAUAAAAGCUGCCUUUUGCCACUUUAUUGAUGAGGAUAUUUGAUGAUAUGAUGAUGAUGAUGAUGAUGAUGAUGAUGAUCAAAUACCGUACAAUUCCGAAAAUAAGCCCCGGGGCUUAUAUUUUUCAAAGGCCCUUUUUGAGGGGCUUAUUUUUGGAGGGGCUUAUAUUCGGAGGGGCUAAUAAACGGAGGGAAGUUUGCGUUUCAAAAUCGGCUAGGCUUAUACUUGGAGGGAAAUCUAUUGGGCUAGCUUAUAGUUGAAAGGAAAUUUAUAUCAGUAAUUUGGAGAAAGUUUUUACUGAAACUCGCCUUGAGGACGUAGACCUUUCUAAAGCGUGGCCAUUCAAGUGCUUUGUCCAUAUGGACCGAGAAAAUCAAAGCCAAGAGUGAAGAGGAACCACGCAAACAGCAAUUAACGGUGACACUUUCUGACUACAAACACUUCGCAAACACGAAAUAGCUCUUUGGCAAAUACAAAAAUUUAUAUGUUACUCUACCGUUUUUGCCUUGUUUUAUUUUGUAUUUUAGGGCACUUUCCAAGUGCAAGCCCCCAGGGGCUUAUAUUCGGAGGGGCGAUUUAACGGAGGGUUUUUUGCGUUACGAGUUUGAGGGGCUUAUACAUGGAGGGGCUUAUUUUCGGAAUUUUACGGUAAUCAAUAUUUUUUUUGCACGUGUAUACCGAUACAACGCUUGUUGGUACCAGCCAACAGCAUUACCGUUUUGGUUCUUCUAUUAAAGAUUUGCUCAAAUGAAAGUUACAUUUCGUUGAAAGGAAAACUUAAGAAGCGCCCCGUCAAUUAAGCGCCCUCCUUCCAAUAAGUGCUCCUCCUUUUAGCCGAGAUUUUAAAUAUUAUUUCAUUGAAAGAAAUUCUAUUAACAUGAGUCAUGCUUUGUCAGGUUUAUUCUAAUUCCGACUUCUGGAUUGGUUACAAUGACAUCGAUAACGAGGGUGACUGGGUCUGGAGCGAUCGUACUACUUCAUCUUACACAAACUGGGACGAUAAGUCACCAAACAAUGGCGGCGUGUCAUGCGCAAUAGUGACCAGCACCGGAAGGUGGCAUGAUGAGCCAUGUCAAAGCCAGUAUAGUUUUAUUUGUAAGAAACCAAGUAAGUGUGCGAUACGCUAUUUACAUUUUUCGGGCCUCUAUUCCAAAACCUUUUUUUUUACUCAAAAAUUAUUGGUCCUAAGACUCUCCUUCUCUUAAUAGACUUCAUUCACGAUACCCGCCAUCUUUGCAAGCGCUUUAGAAUGGAUGGGUUAAAAGCAAUGUCACGUGGUUUUCCGGGGACAAACAAGUGUUAAAAUUUGCCAUUACGACCAACCGCGGUCGAGUGUGUUUAUUCUCUUAAAAUGGUACGGCAAUUUUAGACUUGCAAAAUGCACAGUUCGAGUUUUAACAAGUUUCACUUCAUUGUUGCUUGCUGUGAGGACAGUUAUGGUCACCACUUCAUCAAGAUCACUUCCAACCAUAAUUUGCCAUUAUCGUCUUUAAGAUAAAAAGUUCUUCAUUUUCUGUCUUCUAGAAUAAACAAAAAUGGCCGCGAUUUCUCGUAUUGGCAACUUUUAUCUCUUGUUUGCCACCUGAGAAACCACGUGCUAUUGCUUUUAUCCAAUCAGUCGUUAAGCUCCUGCAAAGAUGGUGGGUAUCGUGAAUAAGGUUUAUACUGAGAGAGGGUCUUGAAACCAAACUUGUGUUGGGUCCACCUUAAACUCGCUGAUUGCUAUCUCUUUGAAAAACCUAUAUCGUGACUUUGCGUCAAUUGAAUUCCAACAUUAAUGGCCCAGAUUUGUUAUUUAAGACUAUAUUAAGGCACUGACACUGUUUCCGGUCGUCUAUUGCUACGGAUAGCAAGGAUGAACAUAGAUAAAACCUUGAAAAAAAGUUUUAAUGCUUUACCUGCGCCACCUCUACAGGAGCAUUUUGUGUAUGGUUCAAGAUAAAAGCCUCAAGCAAAGAACUGACCUAAUAACAGAAAUAUCCUCGUGACACUGAUAGCCCCCUUGAUCAAAAUGAGAUCUCUCUCCUUUAGCCUCGCACGCAGACGUUCUUAGGGCUUCGUAACGCGUUCCUUCUUCACAAACUAUGUUCGUGGGGACGGAACGCGUGAGAACGUCUGCGUGGGAGGCUACUCCUCUUAAGCGCACGUAGUGAUUGAUCUUUGAAAAAGGGACUGAGAGAACCCUGGGAACGAGGUUGUAACGCUCUCAGUACACAAUGUAUUUAUUGAUAGAGAGCGGGUUCAAAAAUGUUUGGCCAACACAUUACACUUGAUAAGAAGGCAAGAACGAAACUAUAGUCAAAGGUGACUUAAAAGAGUUGUGUCUUCUUAAGAGCAAUUAGAGAAAAAUCUAUGAAUGAAGCCCGUAGUGGACAAUGUAUCUAUUGAUGGAAGGCUGGCUCAAAAAUGUUUUGCCAACACAAUACACUUAGUAAAAACAACUCACUCACACACACUCACUUGGUCGCCCGAAGGCGGGCAACCACUAGAUCUUUCCACAGCCUCUUAUCAGCCAUCAGUGCAGCAAUCUCACUUGCUUCGAAAAAAAAAAAAAUUGUCGAAAAUGAUGAUUAGGCAAAUCUAACUCAUUUUAUAAAGAAGCAAAUAGUGUGAGUGAUCGGCGCCUCUGACUUGCAAUCCGAUAUUCGAAUCCCUCUCUGGCCACUUGCUGAAUUUGUUCUCGGGUACUCCCAAGUUCAAAUCCUCGAUUGGCCACGCUUGUAAAUAGCCAACUGAAUGCCUCCUGCCAGUUGGGGUUUUUAAUCUUCUUAUGUUGUAUUUGGAUUAAUCAUUUCUAAUUAUUUGAGUGGAGUGCCUGUAAACUGGCUGGAUAAGCUAAAUGCAUUUUCCAUUAUAAACCUUUUAACUUAUCUUUUUUUUCUUAGGUCCCAAAGGCCCACAUCAUCCGUUAAAUGGUAAGGAAAAGUAAUAAGCGAUAGUCAAAGCUCUGAGGUGUGAGCUACCACCUCGGGAAUCCAUAAAGGUGGUUGCAGCUGGAGCUGAUCGGUUACGAGAAUGAGCUCUCGUAAACGACCAUGUAAUCAAUUUACUGAAGGCGGUCACUUACGAGAGCUUUUAGCAAAACGCUUGUGUUUAUAUUGUUGAUAAGUAAACGAACCAUUAGCGCUUAAGUUAUGUGUAACCUUACAUUUGAUCAAAUAGUUAAUGGUUUUGUUCAGUUAUUGACCAAGUGGUCACUUACGAGAUCUUACAAACAAAGGAAAAGACCAGCUGGUGAUUCAUAAACGUAGUCGAGGUCGCUUAUGAGAGUUAAAUUUUCAGUACAGAGACCGACCUCGAAGCUGGUCGUAAGAAGAGUGUCGAUUGUACGGCUGCAUUGUCGGAAUUCUGUUAAAACAUUUAACCUUUACUCUGGUCUAAAUAGCUGCCACUCAUAUGUUCAUUGUACCUUUUAUCUUGCAUUGUAGACGCAACUUUGACUCACGAGGUUGAGAAAUUUGUCUCAAACAAAUCAUUGCUGAAUCCUGACAUUGACACUAGCGUAACGAUUUUUGGAAGGCAUUCAGGUAGAGUAAAAUCAGGAUUCAUACGCGUCUUGAAAACCCUUGUGCUUUAGAAUCCUUUUUCAAGUCCUUGAAAUUCUCCUUCAUUCAUUUUUGUCCUUCAAAGUCCUUGAAUUUUCAACAUUUUCAAACCUCCAACAACUUUGGCAAAUACCAGUUUGAAGCCAACGGAAUAAAAUCAGCAUUGAUUAAAUGAAAGUCAGGUGUGGACUCACAAACGAAUUUUUCAUAAAAAUGGAUGCCAUUUAGAACAAAUCCCAUUAUUAUCGGAAUAUAUUCUUCGUUUGUUAAAAGUAAUAAAUUAGGUCCAUCAAAGUCUUUGAUAAGUCCUUGAAUUUUGUACGGGAAGAAAUGUACGAACCCUGUAAAUGCACAGAAUUUUACAUUUUAAACCUGUCGUAAAUAGCGAAAUUACUGCGAGAAAUAUGUGGUCUUUUCAUUUCACUUCCACAGUUCCCAUUUAGGAUUAGCCAUUCAUUUGUGUCAUGGCAACACUUCGUCAUUUGUAUACACAUGUGUUAUUUUAUCUUAUCAGUGACUCCUCAGUAUUUGUGGACUGUGCAAAAGAUAUCUGACAGCCGUAUUCACGGUUCCAACCCAAUUGCUGCACACGGUAAUGUCAAGGCAGAAGACGGCGGUCUUCAACUGAAUGGAGUUGACGCAUGGCUUGACGCAGGAGAUUUCUAUGGACAGUGCUUGGGGGAUCCCGACCUAUGCAUCAAGGGGUUCUCCUUCGCUUUACAGGUACAACAUUUAACUUUAAUACCUAAGUUUCUUCAAUCUUUUCCUUUUAUUUCACUGCUAAUGUUACCAUUUAUCGACUGAGAAAUGUUACGAUUGGGGUGGUCUGUUGACAUGGCAAUGUGUAACAUGCCGUUUCAUAAUGGCGGACUAUUAAUAUGUUGUUUUAUAUGUAUGAUAAUUAGCAUUUCUGUCUUCGUUGGCAUGUGCAAAAUACAAUUCUUACUUCCAAACAGAAAGGUUCAUUUAUCUACAUAUGAACGAAAAAAUAAAUGGUUGGCCAUUAUGAAAGAAGUCUAUUUAAUUAACAGAGCGAUUUUUCGCGCGCUGAUUGGUCGAGAACUAUUAUCUAGGAGAUUAUGAACCAUAGAAAUGACUUGAUGAAGAAAAUGAAAAUGGAAAUGGUCGUCAAAAACUGUCAAUGUUAUUGCAAAAAAAACAAUUGAACAACAAUUUUCAUGGUCUAUACUCUUACCGACAACAGGAAUGACUGGAAGUCAAAAUGUUGGCCUGCGGUUCGUCGUUCCACUUGAGGUGCGAACAUUUUGACGUCAUUCUAUGGUCGAAAUAAGUGUAGACCAUGGAAAAUUGUUUUCAACGUGUUAUGCAAAACCUUUUCAUGUCAAAAUUGCUUUGUUUUGCAUGAGAGUGAAAAAUUGUUCUCGCAGCAGGCUUCGCACUUAGCCUCGUUUUGAAAAGGAAGCUUAAUAGUAAAUUUUCUCGUAUUGUAUUAUUCGUGAUCUGGAUUAUGGACUCCUAUUGUGAUAGGUGAAAGCCAAAGUGUCAUAGAUUCUUAUUCCAGUUGAUUAUUGCGGAAACAUAGAAGUGGGUAGGCAAGACUCUUUUCUUAAAUGGCAGUAUGUUUUUUAAACUAGACGAUAAUGUUCAUGAUGUAUAUCUAUAAUGACACAAUUAUAUCGUAGAAUACGCUGCUAUAUUGCUUAUAUACAUUGACUUGUUUAUAUAUAAGAGAUGUAGCAGCGUAAUGACAGUUAAAUAUGUUACUCUUACAAGUAUGUUUCUUUGUUACAGCUAAAUUUUGACGACGAUGCUUUGUCCUACAAAGACAAACGAUACAUCUUGGACUCCAGUGGCAAUUCGCGCGGCGUGUCAAUUUUCAUUCAAAAUGGCUCUCUCUUUUACAAGGUAAAAACAGAAAGUGUUUUCUUUUGGGUAAUUUAUGGAACGAUGUUUUCAAGCACUGUUUGUAUACCGAAAGCAACUGUUUGAUUAACCGAGUACAGUAGCUGCAGGGUUUCAGUGAGUUAUACAUUAAAAAGCAAGAUGCCAUUAAAUUAGAUUAUCGUUUACCGCAAAUUUAUGGAUUGGGAUUUUAAAUUUCUAGCGUGCGUGCUAUCAUUGUCUAAUCUAGUGAAUAAGGUCUUGUAUAACAUAUAAAUGAUAGAGAAGGGUAUUCAUGUACUGUAAUUCCUUUCACUCCUGUUUUCCCCUCUCCUCAAAACCUAACACUUCCAAAUUCCAAUUCGAACAAGAACAAACGGACACGUUUAAAGUAGUAAGAACCCUUACAACAUCUUUAUAAGGUUUAUCUAUGUGCGUUAUCGAGCAAGCGUAUAAUUGGAUAUUGGCCAUGUGUUUUGUUGCGUUUUCAUGGACCGGGGCGAAGUCGUUGUCAACGAAAGCGCAAAAGAAAAGAUGCCAUCUUGACCAAACAGGCUUGGCCAAUGAAGGAUUUUUUACAUGGCCAAGAGAACGUUUUUCUUGCGGGACCAAAGCGGGAAAUGAGCGGUUAAGAUACGCCCACCUUGCCCUUUCGGGUAGCAAAUCAGAACAUCGGGAUUCGCUUGAUCUUGCCCACUCGCGGAUUCAGCCAUAUUAUAUUAAACAGUAUCAAAUCUAUCUCGAAGGGACAAGUAAUGGUACAUUGACCGUUAAUCCAGUGAUAAUUGCGUCGUGCAGGUUGUAACGUCGACCAAGGAAUGGCAACUUUUCACGGAACUGGUGACCAAUGAGUGGCAGGAUAUCGCCAUGACUUGGAAAAAAGAAGAGGGUUUAAUGUUGUAUGUUAAUGGCGCAUUCAGAGACUCACUAAAGGAAGGAACAGAAACAGGACUGGUGCCAAACAAACAAGCUCGUCUUACCAUUGGUAGAAAGAGUGGAAACCCGCCCUACAAGUACACAAGGUAAUAACAAUACUGAGGGCCAAGUUAAUACUAAUAUUGAGAGCCAAGGUAAUGUUCCGACACGACAACAAACUGUUUUCCGAAUAUACCCCAUGUACUGAUUAUUCAUUCAAAAUAUUUCGUCGUCACUGGUUGGCUCCAAUCCUCCGGCUAAUUCGUCAUAACCGACGGGCGCUUACCAUAUUUGGAAGAGGCGAGCAAUAUACCAUCGAUUCGACGGUACAUUUGAUUGGAAACGAGGCUGAUCGAUGGUAUAUUUGCUUGGAAACGAGGCUGCUUAGGCAAAAGUGAACUGAAAAAUGGCUUUCACGGCUAUUCGAAGACGGAAUAGCUGAACUUCUGACUUAAACAGAAUGGAAGAAAUGCAAGAAUACGCAAAACAUAUUGCUCGAUGGAUUUUAUCUACUUUUUGAGGAGUAUCUGCAAGAUAAAACAUCUGUUUAUAUCCUAAAACUGUGCGGAGAAAUAGGCCAAAGUUUUGAAGAAAGCCUAUGAGGAGGAUAACAUAUUAAGAACGUAGAAGUAUUUUGAAUGAAUGAUAACACAACUAUUACAGCCGGCUUUCGUAUGAUGUGAAGAAUUAUGCAGAUCUCGGAGGAAGUUAUCCACCGAGGCUGAAUGGGUAGUGUAGGAGCUGCCCGUAAGAUCUCUCCUGAUUGGUCGCAGAAAUGAAUGACAUGUCAUUCUUCCAAUUGUUUUAGUAUUGUUUGUGGUCAGGGAAACGCAGCAUUGGUGACUUCUCUUCCGAGCAGUUGCUACAUGACCCGACUCGGUGGAUAACAUCCUCCUCAAUCUGCAUAAUUCUUCACAUCCCACUCAACCUCAUUCAAUAAUUGCUAAAUGUCUGACCUGCCUGACUCUUGUACCGUUAAGUAUACGUAUUCCCAAGUACAUGUGAGGCUGUUAAUUUCCUGUUUAGUUGCUUUUCCCUCAUCACUGGUUUACAGUUUAUUUAAUCGCGUUCAACAAAGUAAGAAAUUGUAUGUCUUCAUUCCACAGAAUGUACAUCAGUUCUUUGUACGCAUUCACCCGCUUUCUAGCACCAGAGGACGUACCUUAUGUGUUUACAUUCGAUAAUACUGGUGAGUAUCAUCCAGCGAUGCCAAUAAAGUCUCGUAUCCCUGAGCUUGUGUAUGGUAGAUGCGUUUGAUGCCUUCUCACAGACGGAGGGGGCAAAACAUAGUGGUUAAUCAUUUUAUUACAUGUAGCUUUUUAAAAUGUUUUUCAAGCUCUUUCCAGGCGUUAUAAAAGGUAAAAAAGGAACCAAAAAUGUUGGACACCAAAGGAGCAGGGAGAGGAGGGAGCUAAAGAUGGCGAAAACAAUUUGGGCAUGACUAUGUCUAGCCGGACCUUGGGAUUUCCUUGCAAAUACUCUACUCUACUCUACUGUCCAGUAUCGAUUGCAAAAUUAAAAUCGAUGUUCACUUCGAUCAAUACUUAAGUAAUGAUCGGGGUAAGAAGGGGAGCAAUUUCUUUUGCAAUGGCACAAUACGUUUUCCUCACAGAAGAAUGUUUCCAUUUUCACACGGAGAAUGCAUAAAUCUACAAAAAGGCAGUUUACGAACUUAAAUGUAUUUUUAAAUAUAUUUUUUCAAAAACUCCAUUUUUAAUGGGUGUUUCAUUGUGUUAAAAGAUUUCGACCAAUCAUAGGUGUUGAAAUAAAUAGCCAAGUUUACAAUUUUACAUGUUCCUCUCAUAGGAUUUCUGUGUUACUUAGAUUCAGAAGAGAUUUUGUUAUAAGGAGGUUGGGUAGAAAACUAAGGAUUAAUAUACAUGCUGCUUUGCGAAGAUUUCGUAAAAUUUGCUGUCUAAACUAAUCAGAAAUGUAGUAGAGACAAAAGUAAAGUUAGCAUCUUUUUGCCUUCCGACGUGUUCGUUGUGUUUGGUUCUUUACUUCUUAUCUGGACCAUUACUUAACAAAAAUUUCACGUUUCAGUAUUUCAUCUACACAAAUCUGCAAAUGAUAGUUGGUCAUUGGACAAUCUCCGACUAAAAAUUGCGUAUGUUGGAUGAAAUCCUACCUGUGGUCGGACAAUGACUGGAGAGAUCAAAAGUACUAAAUAUCAUUGAUGUAAAGCAGAAGAUUUGCAUAGUAAAUAAGGAUUUUGAAAGUCAGCGUAAUGUAUGCUACAGGCUUGCCUACGGAUUUAAAAGUAUAACAGCCGCGUUAUAUCAACCGAAAUCUUUUACCUACAGCAAUGACGUUUUUCCCUAGCUUAUAAAAUGCGGGCUGUUUUCUUUUAUAUCCUUAGUUGUUCCACGUUACAUGUGGCUCCUACCUAUACUUGAUGACCAGAAGUUAAGCGGUAGUCCAGAUAUUGAGGUAAAUGGACCAGUUAGAGCAGUUGAUGGAGGGGUGCACUUGGACGGCAAGGAAUCCUACCUUAAAGUUGGAAACUUUGACGGCAAAUGUCUCCAUGAUCCUGCCAAGUGUCCUAAUGGACUCAGUUUGAGCUGCAAGCUUAAAUUUAACAGGGUGAGUAUUCUUUUUAUUUAGUAUUAGGUUGGUAUGAAGCGACCACCUUUGGUGCAAAUGGUCGCCUAUGGGAAAAAGUAGAAAAAUAAGCUCAAACGUAAUUGAUUAACGCAAUCAGUUAAAGAUAACACCUUAUAAGUUAAAAUUUGGCAAACAGAAAAUGUUUUCUCUGCCUGAAACUAAUUUGUUCUUUUUACGAGUAACAAGUGCAAUGCAGUUUAAAAUGUGUCCCUUACUAAUCACGAAUCACUUAAAUUAAACCUUAACAAAACUGAUAAAUAUGCGAAACCUGGGGUGCGUAUACUUACCUGCACUCUAGUUCAGGCUGUACAGUAUUUACAUUUUACAAUCACUCAGUCGCAUUCCAACGCUUCUUUAUGAAGUCUAGAAUAUUCCAUUACUUUGAGCCUCAAGUCAACGAGAAUAUCAGACACUUUGUGACUCCAGAGGACAACUCUUCGCAACCCCGAUAGACUGCGAACUCCUUUUUUUUUCUUUUUCGGAAGCACACUCUGUACUGUUAUUGCAAUGUGUUUGUCAGUAAUCUAGGUCAGCGCGACUACAAAAUUGAACUUUUAUGACGUUCUAGUAUUCUAGAGGGAGUGGUGGUCGCUUACCAGAAACACAAAACAAAAAAAAAAAGAAAAAUUUCUGGCCUUAAAAGUGGUCGCUGUCGCUUAAGAAAUCUGAGAAGUGGUCGCUUUCGAGAGAGUUUUUGAAACAGUAUUUGAGUAAGAAACAAAACCCGUUACAAAGUGGUCGCUUACGAGAAGUGGUCGCUAUGACAGAGUUAACUCUAUUUUACAGAUAACAUGAUAAAACUAUCAGUCUCUCUUAGCAAAACAAAAUGGACUGGUUUGUUAGCUAGGAUCCGCUCUCCUGAUUUUUAGAUUUUGAGUGGAAUAUUUCAUUUCGGGUCCGAAGGGCUCCAGGGACUUUUGAGAAACGGGCCCCUGGCCCUGGUUGUUCAAAAGUUGGAUAGCGAUAUCCACCGGAUAAGUAGUACCAAGACCAAUUGCCUUAUCCACUGGAUAGUGAUUUAUCCAAAGCAUAACGCUAUUCAACUUUUGAACAACUGGAGCCAGGUGUAUAAGUUUGUAAAUGGGUAAAAAUCGCCGAAAGGUCGUGAUUCCCCAGCUAUGAUCUCUGUAUUUGUCUUACUCUAAUAUGAUUGUAUGUGUAUACCUUCAAGGUUGUGCGAAGCUAUAAAGAACCUCAUUAUAUCCUUGACUCUGGUGGCCACCAGAAAGGCACCAAAGGUCUGUCUGCAUAUCUGUUAAACAACAAUUUGUACUUCAGCGUCGCAAUGAGUACCGAUGAAGACACUCUGACUUGGACAGUUAGAACUUCUAUUUUUACUGUCAGGUAACUUAGCUCAUUUUUAUUGCGUACUAUAAGACAGUGACGUUUCUGUCUCUAAAGCAAAAAUCAGUUAUAGUUCCAGAGAAUUUAAAGAUGAAAAAGGAACAGAUUUUCACGGUCAAAGCAUCCUCAUAGAUUCUCAGUAUCAGGCGUCGCGGCAACGACUAUCGAAUUCAACGAUGUUUGAUAAAAAUGUAUGGGUGUACGCUUGACCUGACAAAAAAGUAGUGGCCGUUUUCACACUAGAGACUAAUUAUCCGUCUGUGUCGGAUAAUCCAUCUUCAAAAUUCGCCAAAACUGACGGAAAAACAGAUGGAUAAAAUCAGACGGAUAGUGCAUUAAAAGUCAAGACCGUUCCAUUUUCAGAUUAAGACUUAUUAUCUGUUUAACGCGAAUUAGCCAACGGACAAAACGUCUCGGACGGAUAGUGCGUCUCUAGUGUGAAUACUUUUUAUCACUUAUCAAGUUCGAGUGUGAUACGCUUCAUGCUUGGUGCUAAUAUUAGAGGAGUUGAUUGAUAUUCGUUUAGGGUCCAAUAGUUGUUUAUCAAUUGUUGUUUAUCGAAUUCCGUGAUUUUCAUGAUUGUCAUGGUUGUGUUUCGCACCCAGAUGGCAGCGUGUUGUACUGAGCUGGAGUCUGUCUGACGGACUGUGGCUUUACACAGACAGUCAGUUCCGAGGUUGGACAAAGACACCCAAGAGUGUACCACGUGAUGUGGUAGCCGAGAGUGCAGAUUUUGUUGUUGGUCGUAAAAACGUUGGACCCGACGUCUCCCCAGCAGAGUUUUCCAUUGGCUCUCUGGCGGUCUUUCCAAGAUUUCUUGAGAAGAAAGAUGUCGAGAAAGUGUUUGGUGGCAAAAGUAAGUACUGUGUAAUAUAUUUUCCAAUUGAGCCGAAGAUUGUCAAACAAUAACAAAAACAACAUUGAUCCCAGUGCAUCAUGCCUUUGUGAGGCAGCUUGGCCGAGCGCUUAGAGUGCUGGAAUGCAAUUCGUAGGCCCCAAAUUCGAUGCCUGCCCUGUCGGCUUGAUGGAUUUUUUUUCUCGGUGGUCCCGAGGCCAUCUCCUAGGCCAAGCUUUUCAAAUUCCAACUAGUUGCCUCAAUUCAGGUGGAAGUCUAAACUUACUGUUAUGUUUGUUUCAAGUAUUUAUUCUUUAAGUUGAGUAGUAUUUUGCUUUUCUUUAUUCUUGUUUUUAGGACUGUAGUUAUUCUAUUCAUUUCUUUAUUUAUGUUUACUUUGUUGUUUGUUUUUAUUGUUUGAUUAUAAAUCUCUUGUCUUCUCAAAAUUGAAUAAAUUAUUUAAGUAUUUGUCCUUAUUUGUAGGCCAAAAAGAAAACUACUGGGUUACCUAUUAUUGUGCUACCGCUAAAAAGUAUUUUUUUUCUAUUUUUUUCCUUUAAUGGGUAACAGGACAAAAUAUCAAGGACGUUUUAGAAAUUGUAGGGGUUGAAAGUAAAUUGGGAGCCUUUUUUUUUUCUUCUCCUGUCAGCGUACUUUUGUGUGUGCGUCUUCGUUUGUUUAUUAGGUUUUUUGUUUUGUUGUUGUUGUUAAUAUAAUUUUUUUUGUUUGUUUUGUUUUUUCUUUUCCUUGUAUGUAAGUAAUAACAUUAUCCGACAAACAUCGAUAAACUAUACUAAACUAAUGCUGUAACGAACUGACUCAUUUUCAACAGAGAUGCCAUACCCAGGACUUAUACGCGAAGUCUGGAAAGAACUCGCCGGAAAAUCAAUCAGUCAACUCAAAGACGAUCCCUACUACCCUAACGACCCUUCACUUGUGGAGAUUAUUGAAAACUUCGACUCUCCUUUUGACAUUGACAAAGAUUACGGUAGUAAGGUGAAAGGCUACUUCGUUGCUCCGGAGACCGGUAACUACACUUUCUAUAUGUCUGGCUCACAAAGCGGGGAAUUGUGGAUGAGCAGUACAGAAAGCCAGCAAAAUCUCACCAAAAUGAUUUCCCUGGAUCAGCCAACUGGUCAUAAUCAGUGGAACAAGUAUGUACAGUAAUAACUUGUUGAUGGCAAUUUAAAUUCGACCCGACGAGUUAAAGGCACUGAACUUUUUGUGCUGUGUUUUACCAGGCUUACAUUCAUUUUUGGAUAUUUCAAAAAAACAAGACAAGAAAGAGGAAGCAGUAUUGUGGGGAAAAAAUAAGGGAGGGGUGGGUGGGGCUGGGGGAGAUCCAAUCAGGAUCGACUUUCUCUUGUUCCAGUUCAAAGCCUGAUGAGACGCCUCGUGUCCUCUGCCUCUUGGGGUGGUUUUUUGGGACCAUCUAUUUAUUAUUAUUACGUAUUAUUAUUAGUAUAGGUAAUAGCAUGAUUUGUAGUGAUAUUUGGCAUAAAUACCACGAGUGAUAUUUCAAAAUUGUUUUACGUAAUUUCACGAGCCAUUAGGCGAGUGAAAUUUGAGACAAUUUUGAAGUAUCACAAGUGGUAUUUAUGACGAAUAUCACGUACAAAUCAUACUAUUAUUUGUUUAUACUACUACCUGCAAAAGGUUUGUAAUUUUUACAUGUGGGUAUUUCAAAUUAAGCUGAAACACCACUGCUCUAAGCCAAGCAAAUUGCAGAAAUUUUUUAUGUAGUAGUAUAAUUAUUAUUAUUAUUAUUAUUAUUAUUAUUACUAUUAUUAUUAUCAUUAUUAUUAUCAUCAUCUUGCCGCAAUUAAAUUAAAUACAUACACAAAAUUCAGAUGGAUAUUAUCAAUAUGGACUGCAAAUUUUAAUAGACGUUUACUUAAUCAAUAUUUUUAAAUGAGUAUCACAUUUCAGUAGUUAAUCAUGAUUCAAAUGUAACAGCCAUUUCCAAAAUGUGAACAGACUAAGAGGGUGUUUUGAUCUGACUAGCACAUUCUUUUCACAUCCUGGCUUCAAAGCGGGAUCAGCAAAACUUAAAAUUCUUUGCAGGCCCGUGAUUCUUUCCUAUUGACCGAGCAUUGCUGAUUUGAUUUUGAGCUACGUUUUCCAAGCGUUUUUCUAAAACCUGCUCAAGACCAAUAAUCACUAAUCACGUGUGAAAACAUCUUGCACAUUGCGCCUGAUCGUCAAUAAUCUUAUGACUCAGCUCAGCUCAGUUUCUGCCGUUGAAUGUCUUUGGUUGGACGUAGGCCCUUCACAUUGACCUCCACUGGUUCACGUUUUGCGCGACACGAUGCCAGCGUUUUAUGAAACUAUCCAAGUCGUUCCUCCAUCUCGUUCUUAGUCUGUUUUGGUCCUUGUGUGUCCCCAGAGCGUCCAAAACGUAAUGCGGGCUUUCCAACGGUGGUCUGUUCUUCUCGCCACAUGACCAGCCCUUAUGACUCACCUAAGAAUAAUUAGAAUGGGUUUUCAUAUGAUCUUUUAUGUUAUCUUUAGGUACGCCGGCCAAAGCUCCAGGUCUGUAGUUUUAGAGGCUGGUAAAUAUUAUUACGUUGUUGGAUUACAGAAAGGCACCGAGUCUACUGACUCUCUCUCAGCUGGAGUUCGUCUGCCCAGCGGUCGCUUUAUGAGACCUAUCACAAAAGAAAUACUACAAUGGAGGUUGCCUGGUAAGUUUGGACUUGGUUUGUUGAAGUACUUGCCUUGUUUAACAGAACAGAGCUAAACCAAAGGGAUGCCUGAGGACUUCAGAAGACCUUUAUCAUGGAAAGAAAAGCUGUAAUUUUUGUGGUUUAAAAUACAGUAGGCGGCAUUUUCCUGUAUCAACCCGAAUUUUUGAAAACUUACCUAGCGACAUUUGCAGGCAUUUGAGUAGACAGGGGCCAAAAGGCAGGUGUUUGCCUCCGCUAUGACCAAAAAUCACACUAACGAAGCAAAAGAAAGUCGGGAAAAAUAGAAAAGGCGAGGAGAAAGGAAGGAGGAGAAGUGAAAGAAAAAUGGUUGCACUCGUUUUUAUAUUGACUUCUUCGUUUUAGAACGAGAAAAAACUGCUUGACGGAAGAGGUCUAUUCGGCGGUAACGUUUGCAAAAAUGUUGCCAGUAAUUCGAAAGUACAGCAGUAACAACGUCCGUACUAACAGAAGAUGACAACUUUUGCCACACAAUCUAUAAACAGGCCAUAAAACAGUGUUCGAAGGAGUCGGUAGUUGCCACAAAACGCCAAGAACGACGAAGAUGAUAGCCUAAGAAAAAAGCCGACAUGUCGCGAAUCCGCUACUGAUUUCCCGGCGAAAUGACGUUUGAGAAACGUGCGCAGAAAUUCCAUACUGAUGACGUGUCACUACACACAUCUCGGUAUAGCUUCUGAUUGGUUGAAGAAAAUUUCUCUCGCUGCCAUGACCAAUCAGAAGCACUUUCCAAAUAUGAGUUGUAACACUUAAUCAGUCUGGAAUUUCUGCAGUCGUUGCUCAGAUUUCAUUUCGCGGGGAAACCAGUGGUGGCGUCGUCAAAUGUCAGCUUUUUGCUUCGGCUACGAAGAUAGCAGACUAAAAACCUUUCUAAUCGGCCUCUUUUGUCGUGUGUGAGUAGACUAAGAUUAGCAGCUGUAUAGCGGAAUGCUGAGAACGCAUACUUGAUAUGUUUCUCACUAAUAAGUAAAACUGAAAAGCCCAGUGUAAAGGAGAUCCAUGGUAGUGUAAGAGUGGUUUUUUUUUUCCAACUAAAGAGAGAGGUUAAAAGCCAAUUUUCUUUUAUUAUUCACGAGUGAGACCUUUAGGUUUUAAGACGAGGACGACAGGGUGGACGUGAUUUUCUCAAUACUAAGUAAUGCGGGUGCGUGAACCUUGAUACGGGUGUGUCUCCUCGUCCCGUAGUCGUUCUCGUCCUCGAAUCUGAAGCGGGGAAGCCCUCUACCUCAUACUUACAGUUCACCCUUCAACUCUUUUCCUUCCAGGUGACCCGUUCGCUGGUGUAAUCCGUGAAUUAUGGCAAGACAUCCCUGGCUAUAAAAUUAUGGAUCUCACCUCCAAUCCCAACUUCCCGAAUAAUCCCUCAAGCAUUGAGGUAUUGGACAAGUUUGAUGCUCCUCACAAUGUUGAUGACAAUUAUGGUUCAAGGAUCAGAGGCUUCUUCAAGGCACCAGAAAGUGGUCUCUACAGGUAUAUUUUGGCGUUUUUGGUCAUUGUAAAAAAGGUCGCGAAAUUAGAGAACCACGAAUAAAAAUAUGCGCUAAAUUUAAACACGCGAAAUUUCAUACUCAUAAAGAAAAUUUAAAUCGCAGAAAGAAAUGAUUGACAUGUAAUGACAACAUAUACAGGAUAUGUAUCGGCAAAUACCCACAUUAUUAAACGGCAUUUUACUGGUUCAGUAAAUUCCAUUUUGAAUCUUCCGUUGUCAAAAACGUUAAUUUGCAAAGAUUUUAUAUGGAGUAGAUAAUCUAAAUAUCAUAUUCAUUCUGAAUCGCUAGAUUCGUGCAAAAAAAGAAACAUGCGUUUUGCUUGUUCCAGUUUAUCUUGUUUGUCUAAAAAUUAAAAAUUCAGACUUCAAAAUAAAAUGAAGUUGAGAACGCUUGAAUAGCGACAUUUAAUGCUCUAAUAUCAAACCUUUCCACUUAAAUCGCGAAAUUAAGGUUACCUUUGAGACUGAGAUUAACUUUUUUCUUUGAGGUUUUUCCUGGCGGCCGACACAACUGGAGAAUUAUGGCUUAGUUCUGACGAGACAGAGAAGAGCCUGAAGAAAGUUGUGGCAAUAAAUGGCUGGACCGCUCACAAUGAAUGGCUCAAGUAAGUCUUUAAUCUGAUGAAUUCUGUCUCCUUUUAAAAGAGAAAAGGGGAAAUUACGUGUAGUACACUCAUGGAGCAGGGACAUGUCACAGUAGAGUGUUCACAGUUCCCUAUUUUACUGUAAGAUCGUCGAGAUCGAACGCUUUGUGUUACACGUAGCCGUCUUGGUUUCAAGUUCCGAGUCUACCCUGGAGGUGAGUGUCAAAUCUGCUUAGGGGGCUGUGAACGGUUUUGCUGGAGGAAUUUUUCUUGCCUCCCUUCCCCCACCGGUAUAAAACCCGACGCCCGCCCCCUUAGUACAUAUGAAACCGAGAUGGCCGCCCGUACCGGUAAGCGCUCGAUCCUGACGAUCUUACGAAAGAAUAGGCGACUGUGAACAGUCUAUGUAACAGUUUCGCCUAGCGGGGACAUGUAAUAAGUACAUUUUCAGGGUUUAUUCUAGAAAGCGACCUUGCGGGAUUUCCUCAAUUUGGAAAAAAAUGCCGCAUAAAAUUUACGGGUCUAUGUAACAGUUUCGCCUAGCGGGGACAUGUAAUAAGUACAUUUUCAGGGUUUAUUCUAGAAAGCGACCUUGCGGGAUUUCCGCAAUUUGGAAAAAAAUGCCGCAUAAAAUUUACGUUGCCGCGUCAGAUGGGGCGCAAAAAAGAAAGACCCAAGGAUAACCACUAUUUUUUGAAAUAAAGUAUUCGAAAACAUCACUGACAACAACACUGAUUUGACGGCCGCUCUGUAAACUUACUUUGAACUUUCAUAUCCUCUUACUGUCUCAAUUGCCUUUCUCUUCUUCUUUUGAGUCAUUAUUUCACCAGACAAACAUCCGGGAUUCUGCAGUAAUUCGAGCCCAGACAUUUCCAGUUGCCCAGAAUGUUCCAAAGUGGCGGCAAAGCGUCAAUGAGCGUUCGUUUUCUCACGGAACAGUCUGUACCAAUAAGUUCAAAUACCUUUUGGGGGAUUCCUUUUCUUGAAAAAGGGUCCCCUAAAAUUACAGAAGGGGGCCCAUUUGACCCUCAUUGGCUAAUUUCUAGAAUAAACCCUGUGUGUAGAACACUCGAAGGGAUAUGUAACAACGUUAUCUGGCAGGCAUUUUGCAGGGCAAAAAUCACAAUGUCAACACACGUAACGCAUGUUGUUACUGCACGAACACAAAGGAAUUAAGUCGUUUUUUUGCUUCUGACUGGUACAACUCAUAACCCCGUCCUAGACGUUGUUGCACAGAAACGUUGAACAAUCGCACACACGAUGAUUCAUGGUGCCCUCGUCUUUGACACAUUUUUCCUUCACAACUUGCUCCAGAAAGGACAGCGUUGAACUUCGUAGGACAUGCUCCCGGAGAAGUUUGUCCCGCAAAUUUUUUUGUCGCACGAAUUAAAAAGUAGAAUAAAUUGCACAGAGUAAGAGACUUUUUCCCGCGACAUAUCCUCGGCACCUUUGCUUUUUUCUGUCUCCCAGCCUUUUAAAUCAGUCCUUCGACAUUUUCGUAUGGAGUGAAGAAUCUAGUCCUUUAUUUCUAGACAGUAUGUUUCGUUCUACUUCACACUAAAUUUACAAAACACGUAACGUUUUGUGCCAUUAAAGGGUGGUCUGUGCACCGUGCAGUUAAAUUGUAAUAAGUGAUUUUGGCUGCUACUGUAUUUUCGUCCAUUUUUGUUCGAAGUUUGACGCUUUGCUAGGCUGCAAACUUAUCGAUCCGGCCUUGAAUCAGUUGCUUCGAAAUGUGUCAUAAUUUUCAUUUAUUCUGACGGCUUUACUACUGAAGUCCACCCCAUUAAAUCGAUUUAAAAAAGUACACCAAGGCGCAUGUGAUUAGGCCCAUGUAGUUCAAACUUCUCUAAGAGUUCUAUAAAAAAUCCAUUAGAAAAUUCGGCAAGUAAUGGACUAAAAAAGUGCACACAAAAAGUGCUUUGGAUAACUGCUGAAUUCUAUUAUUUUAAUCUUCCAUCCUUUAACGUUUUGUUUUCUCGACCUGGGUUACCGUUACUAGAACUGAAACCAUUUACCAAUUUACCAGCUACCUAAACUCCCAAUGCUUCGCAUAAAAACAGUUCCAGAUUUUAUACGAACUCCUUUCCAUUUUAUCGAAUGUUACCUGUCAAAAGCCGGAGAUCUAAGCCAGAAUCCCAUAAAACAAUGAGCUUUUAGCCCGCUUUUUGGCUUUAUGGAAGCAUUAGCAGAACUAUGAGCUAUUAUCCUGUAAAGGUUUCCGAAACACCACUGUUUUCUUAAGUCGUGAUUUAAUGACCGUUUUCUUGAAUCUUUAAUGGUUCAUAGGUCAAGUCACCUCACUCCAGAGGUUCUGGUUAAUGUACCCUUAAAUAACGCUUCAAACUAAGGCAGGAUGUAUAAAUCACUUUUUUUAUUAGUCUUUGGGUUGGGGUUGUAAAAUCAAACUCAAAUAUAUGAGUCGAUAGUAAGGUAUAGGCUUAACAACACCGUAAUUUUUAGGGAGUUAUUAUAACUCCAAAAAUGGGCUACAAAUUUUAGGUAUAGGAUAACCCCUUUUGUGGGGGUCACUUUAACUCCUAAUUUAACUCCGAAUUUGGGGUCAUUUUUACUCCUGAAAAAGAGGGUUUUUUUUGCAAGAGUAGAAAAAUUUUCAUAACUUAAAACCUUUUUCGCCCAUUGUAUAUAAACCACUAGCAACAACCUUUCUGUCACACUACUGCAAACUAAUCCCAUUGUCUAUCGGUUACGUCCCUUUGUGAAAGCUUUUUAGCCCAGUCUAUGAAGGCCGGCGGCAGGUGGAGUUUUUUGCUGCACACCAGUGGGCAAAGAAAGUCAUGUCUGUUAUACCGGGGCUAGUAGAUUUUGCUAUCGGCUUAAUGAAUUCUGUUCUUAACUUGCCCGACAGGCAAGGUAUUGGGGGAGAUUCAAAUUAUCGAAGAACUGUAGUCAAUCCUCAAUGCUAGCUAAAACCUGCCCUUAGAGCAAGCUUUUCAACUGACUUUCUUUGCACCCUGUGCACUGUUAAUUAUCAAUCCAGGAAAAAAGGAUCUAAUGAAAUGACACUUGAUGGUUUUUGGUCGGAAUCUGAACACUGAAGUAUGGGAGAAAUAGUUUAAAAUUUAGAUAUACCUUGUCUAAAGGAAAAGGAAAUGGAAGUUUGUGUUAUUGCCUAAAUCGAGGCGACUACAAAUACCUUUUUUUGUCCUUAACAAAUAUAUUGAAUAAAGCAGGUGGUGUUUGUCCCACAGACACCGACAAAUUGAAACGAUGAAGGAAAAAACUGAUAGAAAAAAAUAUUCUCAAGUAAAUACACCAGUGUGCGUCAAUGCAAUUUAAUCAUUUUUACUGGAAUGAAAUUAUAUACAUUGAGUGUGAUUAUGGAAAUAACAGUCAGGCUUUGUUAGUUUUGGGUGUUUGCACAAAGUAAAUCUGACCGGUAUAGUUUUAUUUUGACACGUUGAUCCCUAGCUAAAAGUUUCUUCCUUUGUCGGUCUUGCCUGUAUUAUUCUAUUUUAAGUAAAACGAAUUUUUAAGCGAAGAUUAAACUGUAUACUUUAUUCAAUGGCAGAGUUUGCUAAUCAAAAUUUUCAUUUUUUAGGGUCGUUUCCAGUGAGAGACAGUCAGUUUAAUAUUUAAAGCGUUCCUCCCUGACGUCCAUGUUAGUGAAUGGCCAUGACAAAAGUGUGCGGAGAAACUGUAAUUGAUGUAGGCUAAAUCACCUAAAAACUUUUAGGUUCCCUAAUUGAGUUUAGGCUAAUUAACUGAGUUGCUUCCGAUUUCGGUAUGAUUUUUGUUUUUGCAUAGAAGUCUACUCAACUCAACGUUAGCCAUGAUUUGCAUAUCAAGCAGCAGCGCACAACUUUAUCCCUUUUUGUAAACGAUAAACAAAGAUUAAUUACAUGGCAAAAUAUUACUGAGUUUGGUCGUUUUCGAUAGAUAUUUUCAUCCCGACUGUAUGUUCGUUAUUUUUUUCGUUAAGUUGUCGUGUACAAUUCGAGUCAAUUGCGCAGCAUGUGGUCAAGCGUUUGCACCGCACUUACCGUGCAGCAUUAAAUCAUCAGUUGUAGAAUUUUGAAGCUCUGUCAAAUAACACAAAAGGAUCAACCCCGGUUACGAAAUGUAUGAAUUUCCUCUUAUGCCGCCUAAGAUUUAGAAUCCAAGCAAAAAGUAGUAUGUGAGAAUCGUUUGCUCAAAAGAUCAGUCUCUUUUUUCACUUAAAAAAAAUGUGUAUGAAAACUGAGGCAUAGCAAUGUACUCCGUUUUAGCAUUUUUUUUCUUCAAAGCAUGAAUAAAACAGUCUCCUCUUUUCUUCAAAAACACUUAGAAGCAGCUCAGUAGGACUAUAACGUUGUCCACCUUCGUUCUUGAUAUAAUUUGAGACCCAUGGACCAAAGUUCUGUGUCUUUAGUUACUAAGAUCCUGAGGACUUGAAGGUGAUGUGGAUUCGUUUUCUGAAGGUGAACAAGACGACGUUACAUCUGGAGGAGGCUGUGUUAAAGUAAGAGGUCCAUAUAUGAUUGAAUCUAAAGACCCCAUGCUCAAACUUGGGGAUGGUGAUGAAAAAAAUGUGCAUUGAUCGAUGGGCGUGAGUUUAAGGGUUGGAUAUGUGACUUGCAGUUCAGCUCUUGGACUGAUUAGCUUAACCGUGUUUUCCUUGGGCUUUCGUGCGCGUCUUGGAAUUAAUUCCAUACGGCCAAUUUUCAGGCUUUCCUCCUUUUGAACUUUUGACAUUCUCUUUUCCUUUCCGCUUAUUUCAAAGUUAAUGAUUCGUAGUGACUUCCAAAGAUUCUGAGUGGACGACAAAUCGGUCGCAAAGUUUGGCGUUUUUGUGUCUUCUUGAAGUACGGAGUUGAUUUUUUUCGUCCUUAAUGAGUGUAGUGAAGAUGUUUUGUUAUCCAAAAGUGAACUUUCCCUCGUAGAUGCACAGAGAUUACUAUGAGAAAGCCAUCUUUGGCAGACCCUUGAUGAUUCUUGUUUCACUUUUAUCUGAGGGAGACUAAACGAAGACACAGCACGGUGUAAAGGCCUCUGUUUGUUUUGGUUCGCUCGCCUGUAGUUAAGCUCGUCUGUUUUGUUCUUUUUUUCACGGGAGGUCAUUUUUGUUAUCGCUGGAAAAUACGUUUUGCCUUUCUGGUUUGGUCGUGCACUCAUGUGGAUCGAUUUCUCCUUUUGUGACGUAUCGGUUUUUCUACUCCAUCGACUUUCACUUUUGUACGUAAGAACUGAAUCGUCUUUACACGAGUAAGGUUGCUCCAUGCGUACGUGAGAUUUCUAUGUUCUCACGAAAAUCAGGACAAAUAAUAUUUACUUUCCUUUUUCUGUCUUCUGUCUAAAAAACAGAUAUACUUGACAGGCGUCAAAGACCAUUAAUUAUCAUUAAGCCAACACAAAAUGUACUAACGAUACAAAAAAAAGUGAUUAAUAAGAUGCUAACCUAUAUCUUUGCGCUUAAAUAUGGACAUACAUUUUAAAGGUGAUAAACAUGCUUUUCUUAAAACAAAUCUUUACUUGAAAAUGAAGAUACGAACUGAUAACACUGAGUACAAUAUAAAAUACGAAAAUACAUUUAUAGUGAAAAGGAAAAGUGUCAAAUAAUGCUAAGUCAGGCUAAUAAUGUUAUAUAAAAGCAAGAUCUUGAAAGUCGGGGUUCGAAAUCAGAGAGAAAUUUUCAGCGGAAGUUAUUGACGAUGGAUCGUUAGAAAAAAAGAGAUGUACAUAUGCGUCCAUGAAUGCGGUGUGAUAAUUAUCAAGACGACAAUUACAAAAAGAAUUAAUUAUGGAACAAUAGCCUUUAAAAAGACUUUCACUGGAAAUCCAUAGGCUUUUUCUGUUUAUGGGUUGAUUAGAUUUUUAAACUGUUGGAAAGUGAAGCCGAAGCAAGGGCAGAAAUUGCGUAAUUAGAGGAUAAGAUCGACAGAUCCUUUCUUCCGAUCCCUGAAAUAAUGCCCCCCAUCACCAGCAAUAUUCUAAGCCCUAAUUUUGAUUCAUACCGGGAUUAGCUUUCACUUCAAUUAACAAUUCAAUCCAUUUCUUACUUAGAUGUGAGUUCUUUGUACACAACUAUUUCAAUUAACAUUGUUGGAUUUUGUGGCCUCAAGCCUACCCGACAAAACAGGACGAAGCCGCAAGGUCAUGGUCGGAGUUGUUAAUCCUUUGUAAUUCGGCCAUGCCUUGGCAGUUUUCAACGCCGUAUAACGGUAUAAGAAUGUGACAAAAGUCUACCUUUUGUUAUAACUGAAGAGUUGCUUCAUACCCUGGGUACCAGAAGUAUUUUCUCGCGUGCUAGUGCGGUGGAGACGCUUCGGGUUCGGCCGCAGGCCGACACGUUUUCGGCUUUUAGGCCAAAGCCGCGAGAAAAAGAGACUUAUUAACCGAAACCGAAAACCGCGCAUGAAAAGUCUGGCGCUCAUGGUAGUUGCUUUAUGACUAGAGUGAAAAUUUUUUUGUAUCAUUAUUUUUUUAAUGAAAUUAUCCCUACUGAUAUAUGAUCUGGAAGAGUGGAUUUUCCGACAACGUAAAUUGAAAGAGCUGUUUUUUCAAGUACAGCGAAUUUGAUCAAAGCUUACGCCGCUAAUGGAUAGUAGAUUACCCGCAGAUACUUUCAGUAUAAGCUAAAACAUUAAGGACGUCCAUUAAAAUAUACCUUGUGACAAACACUUCCACAAUGAUCUGUAUUUGCUGUGCGUAUCUAUAUACCGAAGCCUCUCUCCUAAGGAGAAAAAAUUUCAUUGACGUGCCGUCAUGAGAAACCUCGAGGUUCUGCGAUACACGUAUUUCUAGUUUAAUAAUAUAGGCGAGUAUUUUUUUCUCUUGAAAACAGAAAUAGUUUUCAAGAACAAAAAUGAAAUAAAGACAAAAAAGAUUAUUUUCAUUAUCGUCCAAGGCACGAUGACGAUAGCCUGACUUUUCAAGUUCUAAUCGACUUGUAAGAUCAUUAAUGGACGAAAGGUAAAAAAUGUUAUUUUCAGCAAUUUGUCCAAGGCACUAUGAUUCAACAUGACCUUCUAAGUUUUCGUUAACUUAGAGUAUAAAGAGACCAUUAGCGACUUUCACUUUCCUCAUAAUGCAAUGUAUUUCCCCCACAAAAUUUUGCAUAAGCUUUGUGUUUAAUUUAUCUUGGGGGUAGCCUACAAUCGUCCCUUGAGAAAAUGAAAAGCGAACGGCAAAAUUUUAUGGGGAAAACAAAUUGUAUUAUGAGGAUCGUGAAAGUCGUAGAUACGAUUAUCCAUCCUUGUUCGUCGUUUGUCUCGCGAUAGUCUCUCUAAUAUUGAUCGCUACGUUUCGACUGCUCAGUCAACGGUCGGUCUUCUUAGGGGAAGAUGUCUAUUGGCCUUGAGAAACCAUUACUACACUACGGUUAUUAGUGACUUGUAGCUAUUUACGAUUGGGUAUUUAAACUAUUUAUUUUACUUGAGCUCCCUAACUCGUUUCCAACAUACGUCACACAAAAAACAAAGAUCAGACAUUCAUCGUUAGAAAAACAAUGAAUGACUGUGUGUAAAAAUCACUUCUUAAACAUUGUAGAUUCCCAGAACAAAAGUCUGAGCGUAUCCACCUGAAGAAAGGCAAGUAUUAUUACAUGGAAGCAUAUCAGAAAGCAGACAAACUAGCAGACUGUGUAUCUGUGGCUGUCGAGCUUCCCAGUGGGCACUUUGAGGGACCAAUCAAAAGAGUUCAUUUGAGUUGGCGGUUACCAGGUGAGGUGGUAUGCUUUGUAUAGAAGGGUCAUGUGCACUCUCUUAUUACAUCACUCACACUGGUUGCCAGGUAGACCACAACAGUAGGGACGUUACGAUACGACGACGCGAAGGCAGCGAAAACGUCGCUUCAAAAAUGAAUUUGCGUUCUUUCAAUCUUUAUCGCGAUUAUUCCAACUCACGUAGUUUGUCAAGUGUAUGCGAAUCCUCCCGGAGCUGAAUUUUCUAAGAACCAUAUUCAAGUUUAGAAAGAGAAUAACAUUUCGUCGUGACCUGUUUACGUCCUCCCGAAAAAGUAAAAUUAGGCAAUUUCACGUCGUAGUCGUGCAUAAACGUUCUCAAACUCAUUAAUAAUUCAUUAAGAAAAUACAAAGGAAAUUAAUGUUUAAUGAGUGUUUGGAAAUCGGAUGAAACACUGCUUAGUAUUUGCAUCCUUAAUUUCUCCUUCAAAAAUGAUUUUGUUUGAGAAGAAAUAUCAAACAUUCGACACAAUGUUUCAUCACCAGAUGAAACACCUCGAAGUUCGUCAAAAAUACUCCGCUGCGCGUCGUAUUUUCAACUCUCUUCUCGGUGUUUCAUCUGGUGAUGAAACACUGCAUCUCAUGUUUGAUAUAUUACGUAAAGAAUUGUACAAAAAAGUGAGAUGCUCGUGUAAAGUUGUUGUUUUGCCUACUUAAUCUAUUUUGGUUUUUUACGUUCUCGUUGCCGUCGCAUCGUCAGAUCGUAAAGUCCCCAGUGAGGUUCUCAAAGGACACCGUCAGCUGUUGCACAUGCGCAUUAGAGACCAUUUCUUAGCUGAUUUGCAUAUCACAAGAUACGCGAUUUAUACUGUUUUUAACAAAUAUGAUAAAAUAAUAUUAUAGGAUGAUUGAAAGGAUACUCAGGAACAGGUUGUCAAUAAAAUAUCGAAGAUCGAAUGAAACUGGGCAAGAGUGAAGCGGAUUUCUAGAUGUGUUCGACGCGUGCCUUUGAUUUCGGGUUGAGAAAAACGCUUUUCAAAGUUGCAAAACUAGUAUCCAGGUCAGCUCGGUCCCAAAGCUGACUGUGUCCUAUUCAGCAAAUAUGCUUUUUAAUUGUAAAUAUCGUAUUUAUUCGAUUAACCGCUCUGGGCGCUUAUUAAAUUUUUGUAACUUGAGAGUGGGCGCUUAUUCGAGGUUGGGCGCUUAUUCCAAUAAAUACGGUAGCUUUUAGAUUGUCGUAUUUUACUGGCAUUUCAUCUCUUGAUGUAGUUAGCGGAGAAUAUAAUUACAUCCUAACAGAAACAGAUAAACUUGGACUUGUUCAACUUACAAUGGAAAGUAGUGACAUUGAAUUGAAUUAAUAUUUUUCUUCUUUAGAUGGAAGAACCGGUCCGGGACCUUCAUCGCAGGAAGAAGGUUUGUUACGGCCGAUUUAGACGAUACGAUUUUUGGUUACUACUAUCAUGCGUGACUAGCAUACGUCAUGACUUUCGACCAUCCACACGUGCACAAUUUACACUUACGACAUCUACAAUGUGUCGUAUGAAUGUCGUAGAUCUAAUUUACACGACACGAUCUGUCAUCAAGUCGUGACGCAUGCUAGUCGCGCACGAUAAUCGUAAGCAAAUAUCGUGCCGUCUAAAUCGGCUUUUAGAUAGACUAAGCCUUACUACGCAAAUGUUAGGUUAGAGGCCGGAAAUACCCUUGAGAAAUCCCCAAAGAGCCACCUGAUCAUAAUAUAGCGGUGGUUAGCUCGAAAGCUAAGCUCCUCUGAACACCGUACACUUCUACCCAAGCCACUAAUUUUCUUCUCUUUGUCCUUCUUCUUCUCCUUUAUUAGUGUAUUCCUACCUUACUAUAUAUAAUGUAAAUACUCUAGAAAGUGUGAAUAAUAAAAAUUGAAUUGAUCUUACUAGCUAGAGGAUACCUUACUUCAUGUUACUACAACAUGAAGACUGUGAAAAAUGUCUUUGUUAAAGUAUGGGAAGGAAAGAAGUUCAUUAAAAAUCGAAACCUUUGCGUCGGUAAAAUAAACAGCAUGUCACCAGCGAGAGAGAAAGAAAAACUCUUGAGUCCUCUACAGAAUUCGAACCUAUGACCUCCCGAACACCCGGGAUGUUCACUUAGAAAGCUCAGUACCAGAGGCCUUUAUUAUUAACAUUUGUUUCUUUUUCCGUUUUAGCCAUACCCAAGCCAGUUGGUUUGUAUCCACUAAACAAAGCCUUUGGCGGUAAAGACGCCGGUCCUAACAACGAAAACGGAGUGCUUAGCAACGUAGAUCUUUCAACAGGACCUAAUGGUGAGACUAAAAGGAUUAAACUUGAUAUUCAAACUUAGUGCGCUUUUAUAAUAUUCUGGGAGCUCAUUGGUUGACUGUAGUACGUUUCAGGGGGGUGCUCCCUUUAAUGGCCCAUACGGGGUAUUUUUUUUCAGACUUCAGGUAUAUGAAAGGGUAGGGAUUUCACUAGUUGAGGUAUGUAAAAGGUUAGAAAAAUCUGCCAUUUCAGUCAAGAGAGGUCAGUCUGUUCAAAGGCCCAAAAGAGCUAACACUAAACAGAUGCAUGUUAUGGCUUUGAAAAAGUCGAAAAACGUUCUGGUAUUGUGGUUCAUUUGUAUUUUAAGGUCGUGGCGGAUCCUACCCUUAUAAACUUUGUUGAGUACCGCCCCCGCGUAUGUUAUUGGCCUAUAACACACUAUUGCCAUGUGCAGUAGCGUGAAAAUUUCUAAAACUUUGCACAGAUGUUUUCCCUUGGAAUCGACUUAUUUGUUGCGUUUUUCUUUUGAACGAUUUUUUGACUUAUUUACGUAGCUAUGUAGACACUGAAUAAGCUUGUUACUUUCUGUCCUGUUGUUGUGGUACUUCGUUUAGAAAUCGUCGCUUUUUAAUGCAGCUCAUCCAGUUUAAACAUUACUAGGGUAGAAUUCUGGCUGUAGAAUGAGCGCAAAAUUCUUCAUACUGCAUUUGACUAAGCUUUAGACAGUAUUUGAAAGUCUCGUCUAUUCUACAGCCCAGUUUGUAUGUACAUUUGCCGGUCAGACACUCACAUCACUGUCUUACCCCUGAAAGAAAAUGAUCUCUUUUAUUUAACACCGUACUUCUGUAACAAUCCGAGGAAGUUAUUACUACUUUGCGCUCCUACAGCUCAGCGGUUUCAAUACAAAUUGAAGCAGGUUUGUGUAGAGUAACCGACUGCAGCAACAAGGGACCGAUUGCCCUUUCUCAUUUUGAAAUUUCAAAACCCUAAAGUGCGAUUUUCAGCGUUCUGGGAACUAAAUUCAGUACAAAACAGCUUGUUUUUGAUCAAAGGAAAUGUAGCUUUUAAUAAAGUUUCAAUUUAUCAGCCACAAAAUCAAAUCCGCCGCAAGCAAUGAACAAAUGUCGGUAAUUAGAUUACGUACAUCUGUACGUGAAUAAAUUCUGCGUAAACCUAUAAAGAAACUUGUGAAAAAUUGACUGAAAUACAGUCUCAACAUUACUAAAGCAUAACAUAAAACCAGUCCGCCGUUAUGAAAACAUAUCGUAUAUAUCCGGGAAAAAUAAAAGCCGACUUCUCUGAGUAAAGACGCCGGCACGUUUAGUCGGUCGUCGUUGCUUAUUGAAUCAGUUAAGCCGUUUACCAGCUAAAUGUGAUAUGUUUUCUUGUUUUAUCAGAUGAUGACGGUGGCGCGUACGAAUUUAAAGGAACAGCUGAUUCCUUUGUUGAAAUUCCAAAUGACGGGAAGCUCGAUACACAGAACUCCAUGACAAUUUUAGCAAACAUUUACCCCAGCGGGAGUGGGGGACCCAUAUUGAACUACAAAACAGACGGCUGGGGAGUACACUUGUGGCAGUUUGAAUCUACGGAGCUGUUUGUAAGAUUUGUACACCGCAACGGAAUUUUCCAUAAACCAAUCGCUUCAAGAGUUUUACAGGUUUGUGGUGGCUUUUCUGUUUCGAUAUUACUAUGCCUUAAACUUUGUUACUGUAUUGUUUAAUCAUUUUAAGGUGACUUACAAGGGUAUUCAUUUCAGCGCUUCACGCACGUACCAACUCCCUGGUAUGGCUAGUACCUUACGCAUGCGCACAACCAUAUCACCCCGGCAGUGGCAGCCAUGGACAGCUGUUUCGUCCUUUUUAGGACUCAUCAUCGAUCCCAAGUGGUAGCUUGUGUACGGUGGAGCUGGCACUUAGAGGAAUGCUUUUGUACUCGCCUCGGCAGUAAACAGCGGGGUCGAUGAUCGCAAGUGAGACCCUCUUGCCUGGGGCUAUGCCACGCCGACAAGUCCUAAUGAGGAAACAGCUGUCCAUGGCUACCAUUGCUAGGGUGAUUGGUCGUGCACGUGCGUAAGGUACUGGCCAUACCGUGGUGUUGGUACGUGUGCUUCAAUGCUGAAAUUGGUAUUAUUUACUAGAGUAUUUACGACAGACCCACCCUAAACAGAGUGGUUUUAAAUGUUACGAUCUCGUCCUUCUUUCGAACCAUAGUAAUAAAUUCGCUGAUACAUGCGUUCAUCUCCUUCGGGGGAAUUCCUUCUCGUCAAGUCUUGAACCUUCCUCGACCUCAACAGUUGUUUAAGCAUAGUAACAUUCUGUCGAGUUUUCUUUUUUGUUCUUUUCGUUUUCUUGACUCUUAAUAAAUUCAUUGACUGAACUAAUGUCUGCAAACCUUCAAGUCAUGCAAACGUUCACUUUCAUCCACUUUGACACGUCGCGGCACACCAAAAGGCGGGAAAUCGAUACAGGUUUUCCACUAGUGAAAAAUUUCGUAUGCGGCCUGUGAUUGGUCAUACGAUAUUUCUCACUGGUGUGUAUGACCAAUCAGAUUGUUCCAGUUUUUGACAGACCAUUUUUACUUGACAGCUUUGUUUAGAGAAACUCUCAGUAGCCAUAUAAUAAAUCCUUUACGGCCGACUGGCAAGCUAAAUUAAUUGCAGGCUACGGAACUGUAAGGCGGUAGGACUGGGCUCGAUUCCCUGUGGAACCAACACUUAGGUUCUUAAAACAAGAGAGAAGAAGUGCCACCUUUGCUAUAGUUACACUUUCCUUUGUUCUCCGAUAAGGGCGAGAAACCAUAUGCACUUGUAAUUUGCGCGAAAUAAGUAAUAGAUUUAUUAUUAACCAUGUACCACAUGUCACAUGUUUCACAUAAACUGACUCUGACGGUCGGAAAAGGACUUCUGAUGAUCCGUAACAAAUCUCAAACAGUUAUCUCCACUAGUGUCCUCCUCAGUUCACAUUUACCUAACAACUGAUAACGUCACUGAUUGGAAACUUCCAGACAGCCAUUUGAGCCCGUAAGCAGUCUAGCGUAAUCCCCCACACAGUGGUGUAAAUUAUCCCUUAAAAUCUCCAAGGGAAUGAAUAACUAACAUCCCCACGUAGACUUCUGAUGACAAAUGACACAAAUGCGGCUGAGAUCAGGGGGAGGGUGGGCACACUUAGUGGGCCAUACUGUUUUAAAUUCUAUUGAUUCUAGUGAAUGUUAAAAGAGCUCCGCUUUUAGGCUUGGCUAAAUGGAUAUAUUAAGAUAUUCGUGUGUUAUUUUUACAGCUGAACGAGUGGAAUCAGGUUGGUGCAACAUACGACAACACGACUGGUGUAGCACAGCUGUGGCACAAUGGCAAGAUGGUGAAGAGUCGCAACAUUGGUCAGAUCAAACUUGCCACCCAGUAUCCAAUCAGAAUCGGUGCAAGGGAUGGGGAUGAUAGAAGAUUCGCUGGCAAAAUUUCCUGUUUGCAGAUUUAUGACAAGGCUCUGGACGAGCAACAGAUUGGAAACCUUAAGAGUUGUCCAGUCAAAGGUAAUGAUUGCUGCUUUUCAUCUAGUAAACAUAUCAAAGUUGUGCCACAGGCUACCCAUUACAGGUAGACUCCACAGUCACACCUACGUCACCUUUCACUACAAACGAAACUGCUCGUCAGUCAAUAACAACUUAUCGAGAAACCUACCACCAAGAGAAAUACGAUUGUUAUGUUCAGUUUUCAAUGUUUCUAAUUUCUUAUUUCUUUUGACCCUGCCAAUAGUAAAUAAACUGAACAGUAUAAUUUACUUUUCAUUAAUAACUUUUUAAUUGUAGCUGCUAGGUAGUUGCUUUUGUUACUACAGGGUAAAUAUGAUGAUAUAUUCAGAACUGAAUUAAAAUUAUUUUUUCACCCACCCGAAUAUACAGCUCGGGUAAUACAUUUACGACAUUGAGGAAUAAAACUACCUAUUUCCCUUACGUUAAUUUUAUUCGUUUAUUCAUGUAUUGAUGAUAUUCGAUUCACAGCGAAAAUUUCCCUGGAUGACGAACAAGAUUCUGGUUUUGGAUCAGGGUCGGGAGAUUGGGACGAACAAGACUUGGAUUGUAAGUUAUUUUGAAGUUCUUCAUGAAUAUGAAGGAAGCAAGUAUGCUACAAAAUUACAAGGAAAAUUCAAGUAUCAAUAGCGAGAAUGAAUAGUUCAACUAGACAUGAGAUCGUGUUUACUUUCCUUAACAGUGGUAUAUAAUUCCCUUACAGCAAGUGCCGUUUCCUUUUCUCACAAUGCUGGUAAAUAUGAUAAGGAUGAAGAAGCCGAUGAUGAGAUUCAGGGUAAGAAUCAGAUCAAGUAUGAUCGGGGCAAAGAAGGAAACUGGACCGAGUUAACGUUGGCAAAGACUUCUGGGACUGUUACUAGGGACAGGGAAAAAAUUGGCCAAUAGCUGAUCGACGCGUCCUCCUUAACGAUCCCAGAGACAAUUGCGGGACGCAUUUCGGCUCCAGUUCCCUUCUUGUUUCUUAAGUGGCGACUGUGUCAGAGGUCCCGUCAACACGAAUCCGGACUUUUUUGGAAAGGCAUUUUCUCUACACGAAUCAGUCUUCCGUCCAUAGGAAACCAGUGAAUCAGCUCAUUCAUCCGUGGCCUAUUCAUGUAAAAAAAUAUGCAGUUUCAAAAAUAUGCGGAUUCUUCUGGAUGGGGUCUGACGGCCUGUUUACAUGGAUGUGGGGGACCCCAGAUAAAUGAAGUAACAUGUGGUGGGUCACCCCACCUAUCAUGUAAACGUGAUCAAAUUAAAAUGAGAGAUUAUAUGGCCGGACAGGCGGGUUACCUCACCUAAGCGGGUUACCUCACCUACCUGGGGUCCCCCACCUCCAUGCAAACAGGCCCUUAAUAGACCUUUUUAGCUUGACGUUUGGUUUCAGACCACGUGAUGUUCUCCGGGGAAUUUGCCUUUUGCCUUUUGUCUUUUCAUUAAUUAUGCAUACAUAUGCACGUGGAUGCAUGUGCAUAAGACAACACUUGAAAGACACAGUUUUCUGGGUACCAUCACGUGGUCUGAAAUAGGAAAACUAAAGAGACAAGCUAAAAUGGUCUAUUAUCCCUUAGUUUGUUACUUGGGCUCGGAAAUGAUGCUCUUGUUGGAGGGGCAACUAAAAAUCUUGUUCCUUCACUAAGUUUGACAAAAUUAAACAGUAUUCUAAAAUUAUUCAGUAAUCAAAAAUUGAUUGGUAAUUAAAAUUUAUUACCAAUAAUGAUUAUCUCAGUAAUCUUUAAAUGUACAAUUUCCGCUGAUCUGUAGCUAAACUAGUAAGGUGUAACAAUCAUAAGGGCUCUGCUCUAUCUCUGACAUAUCGUUGUAGAUGUUUUUGUUAGACAUGGUGACUUGUAAGACUUUUAUCUUUGUGUAAAUCAUCUUCAAUUUGUAGAUUUCACAUCGGCACAUUUAGCAAUGAUAUGCAGUAAACACUCAACCUCUUUUUAUGAUAAUCAUGCUUUAAUUGUAACGACUGAUUGAGGGUAGAUAAAUAAUUGUUCACAUUUAAAAUGGUAAUUAUUUAAAUUAUUUGAUACCAAUAUUAUCUCACUUAUUUUUUAUUAUCUCACUUAUUUUUCUAGGUUCUGAGUCCUAUUCAGGUGAGAAUCCAAUUUUGAAAGGCAUACAAAAUAUCAUAACUUAGGCGUCCAUCUUUUGACUUUUUCUUAGCCUGCGAAUACAGCCCUCCCCCUCCUUCCUUGCCGCUUAAAACGUUUCGUAGUAUCUCCUGUAAAACGUCCCUCAGGGGCACCCAAUGACUAUAUUCUGUAAAAUAUCUGUUCGAGAGAGCAAAUAUUGCCUAGAAGUUUCUAAAGCUUGAGAAAGGCUAAAAAUUUCUGGAUAACUGUUCCAUUCGUCUAAAAUAUUCAGAGAUUUUCUAAUAGCUUAACUGCGAUUUUUGGAGGUUGUGUUUUCACAUUUUAAUAUCAAAAUAUUGCGAUUAUUGUUUAAAAAAAGGCCUCCUAAAACUUUCGGAAUAAAGACAAAACGUCCCCUACAAUUUUGUAUGAAAGCAAGGUUACUUCAUGUCCUCGAACUUUCGCCCGGACCCAUGACGGCAGCUAACACUUUCGGAUGAGACGAAAAAAACACCUAAAACUUUCGUGGCAACCAAAGUUCCCCUAAGACAUCCUAACAGAUAAAUAGUUUUUAGGCCAACUCUGAAUUUGACCAAACAGGCCUCUAAAGAAUAGAGAAAACCAUCUGAGACACUUCUGGCGUAUUUGGAAACAUUCGGUCGUUGGGUGCCCCUGGUCCCUAGCCGCGAGAAACGAGGAGAGACAGUUAUAUUCGCAGGCUGUGUUUUUGUUUGUUUAGUUUGUUGUCUCUAUACGUUUUAAGAGUAAAUAAAAUUAAAUAUCACUUGUAGGAAACAAGUGUGAACCUCAACCGUGUGAGAAUGGAGCUAAGUGCAUUCGAGACAGCAAGAGACUAGAUGGAUAUAGGUGUAAAUGUACAUCAGAUUUUACUGGGCGAAACUGUCAAGGUAACACACUGAUUUUUAAAAAAAUCCUUUUUAUAUGUCAGGAUUUAUGAUUGAUUAUCACAAUUAGUGCCCCAUUUUACACCAAUUAAACAUGUUUUAUUAAGCCAGGUUUAAAAAAAAUUGGAAAACGUAAAUGGAAAACUGGAGUACAUACAUAUAUACAAGAUUAAAACAAACUUUAACAUUCUCUGUAAUUUUCACAUGAUUUGGAAUAGCCAUAAGUCAGUAAGCAGCUUUUAUGAGGAAAACAAUUUUAAACCAUGUUGAACUAAACAGCUAUUAAACGUGUUUAAGCUGUGGUGUGAAUAGGGUAUGUCGUCUCUCGCCUUUUGGCAGCGAUGGAAGUAACUCGAUGGCAAGUUCAACAAUUAUUCCUCGAGCCCGAACGGGCUCUGAGUCAAUAGGCCUCAUUAACUCAGAGGCCAUGACGGCGAGAGGAAUAAUUGUUUUAGUAAAAUCUAACUAUUUGGUCAAAAAUAUCGAGAAUAAAAAAAUUUUAGCUAGUUAAAGCUAGACUUUAACCCUUUUUUGCCGCCAAAAAGCCCGCGCUUUUCGCUACUAUUGGGCUAUAACAAAUAGCCUAGUAGUAGCUCAACCAAUCAGAACGCAGCAUUGAUAAUAGACAACUAGUAGGAUUUUACUGACAAAUGAUAUUUGGCUGCUGCAACUGACGGAUAUAACUGGGCGAUUUACACUCAACCAAAACUUUCGAAAAUUUGGAACCAGAAGCAAAUGGUUCAAAAAUUUCACAAAAAAGUUUCCAGAAAUUCCAGAAACUGUUUUAUUUCCGAAAUACGAACCAUUUCACCGAAAUUCCGGGAGCAAAAUUAAAUGGAAAGAAAACUUCCGGGAAAAAAUUUUCAAAAAGUUGGAUAUAACUCGCGAGGUUGUCCUCCUUUUUGAAAAUUUUGGAAAAUGCUGUUCGUUUCGCUACUGGAAGUUGCCAAAAAUUCAAAGCAGACGUUUGGGUUGAAUGGAAAGCGCCAAAUAAUAAAUAAUAGGUUAUUUUGCAUAAAGAAAUCGAUCAGGAUUAAAGUUUAUGUACGCGUAUUUCUUGGAUUAAGAACAAUACAUAAGUGGUAUACUUUAAGUAAGUCGCGAUUUGUAGGUGUAGCUACGUUCCCAGACGCUCUGACAAUCUAAAUACAUUACUAUUGUAUAUAAAAUCUUGAUUUCUUUUUCUCUUUUUUAAUUUCAAGUGUCCAAGCCAGACGCUGAAAAUCCAGUCGUUAAGAGAGCAAAAAUCCCCAAACCCGAACUCAAGACUGGCAGCGAAGAUUAUCAGAAAAAUGCCAGUUCUCUCAGCAUCAUUGGUGAGCUUUUGGUUUAGUUUACAUUAACUUCGUUUGCACUGAAAAUAGCCUAUAAUAGUAAAGAGAGCGAACACACACAUGAUUCUUCAUUCCAUAAAGAAUCCAUUUAAGCGUUAUUUAAGCGACAAAAAUGUUAUGUUUUAAAACGUUUAUUUUUUUCAGCUUCGAAAUCCCCGUGAAACAGCUUUUUAGAAACGCUCUCUGGAUAUCCCAUGAUGAAAAAGCCACAAUUUUGCGCCAAAUAUGUGACUUCAUUUUCCUCGCAAACAUGUCAAGAUUUGAAAAAGUGAAAAAAGAAUGUUUUGGUAAAUAAUGAUUUUCAUUUUCGAGGCACUUGCGUGAAAGCCUAGAAAGAUAUCCAAACAUGAUUUGAAUUUCUCGCCAUUUUAUUGCGAAAAUUAUAUACGAGGAAUUAUAAAUCUCCUACAUAGGCCUAAUUUGGCCUAUAUAGGAGAUUCGAGUUCUCUAACAGUUAUUCGUUUAUUUAAUUUUCUCUUGAGAGACAAUACAAAACACGACUAUUACUUUUAGUAGGGUUUGCAGAUGGUCCCAAGUGACAAACUAGAUACAUUCUUUCUAACAGAAAACAUACCAGAAGAAAAGAAGCAAGAUGUGCUCUUACUUUUCCAAAAAGUCGGUUGUUACAAGGAUGAGAGCGUCCGACAUGAUCUGCCUGACAGAGCCAUAGUGAAAUCUGUGUCACAAGAAGACUGCGUACGAUCAUGCGCAUUAGAGGAGAAGGGCUAUUCGUACUUUGGACUUCAGAACUCUGACACAUGUUACUGCGGGCACAGAUAUGGCAAAUACGGCAAAGCGGAUGAGGCAAAUUGUAACAUGCCGUGCACAGGAAAUGACAAAGAAAACUGUGGCGGUAAUUCUACAAAUAUGGUGUAUUUCUUUGGUCUAGGUAAGUAAAACAUAACUAUCGUGAUGAAUAAGAAAAAAUAUUUACGUUUACGUUAUUUCACGAGUAAGACUUAGCCAAGAUGAAACACAGCAAAAUGAACAAAUGAGGCGAUGAGCUUUAUUCACGUUUUGCUGAAGUUCCUCCUUUUAUUCCGUAUCUUAUCUUUGUUCGUGUCUUAACUCGUCUGGUUUUAACAUAACCUUGUGCGUGUUCAAAUUUCCGUCGCUACAAGAAAAGACAGUGGGCACUUACCAUUUACAUGGAGAAUGGAAAAUCCAAUGGUUCGAUCGCGUCAUUCCGUUUUGGAAGCUUCAGAAAAUAUGGGCAAUACUUUUCAAGCCGUUUUGUCACGACAGUCAAACCCCGUUAAUACGGACACCGAGGGGGCCAAAAGUGUCCAUAUUUUAAUACGGGAUGUCCGUACUAAACGGGUGGAUAAGGACUUUAAGCAACGACUACGGAAUGGUCUAGUACGGUGACCGGAAGUACCUUUUUCCCGCCACGCGUCAAUGCCUCAAGUUUAAGAAACCACGACUGCGACAGCGGUCAAAACAUCACUUUUUAGCAAAAAUUAAAUUCGCAUUCUUUCAACCUUUUUCGCGACUAUUACAAGUCGCUCAGUAGGCAAAUUCAUAGAGGAAAAAAGUUCGUCUACGUUUGUUUACGUCCUCAUUAAAACUUGAAAUUAGACAUUUUCACGUUGUGUCGUGAAGUGAUGGCAAAGAAAAGUUAAUAAAACAAUAAGACGCACGUGCAAAGUUGUUGAUUUGCUAAUUAACAAUUAUUCCUCGAGCCCGAAUGGUCUCGGAGUCAACAGGCCAUGAGGCCGAAGGCCGAAUGGGCUAUUGAUUCAGGGGCCAUGAGGGCGAGAGGAAUAAUUGUUUUAGUAAAAUCCAACUAGUUGGUCAAAAAUAUCGAGGAGAAACAACUUUAGCUAGCAAAAUGCGAUUCAGCCGCCAUUGUUUUGAUUUUCAAAGCAGGCGCUUUUCGCUACUAGUGGGCUAUAACAUAUGGCCUAGUAGUAGCUCAACCAAUCAGAACGCAGCAUUGAUAAUAGAUUACUAGUUGGAUUUUACUAAUUAAACUUAGUGACUGGCCGUACUCCGCUUCCCGAUUACGUAGAAGAUCAUAGCGGGCCGUAGUGUCUAGUACAUACAGUAUUUAGUUGUAUUUUACGUGCUUAGAACAACAGUGUAUAUUUGAAACAGAAUCGCAAGAUAUACGCAUUGUAUCCUUUUUUGGUCAUCCUUGGAAAUUUCCGAAGGCUCAUUUUUCAAUUAUGAGCCCCAAAUUUCAGUGUCAAACACGAAACCCAAGUGAGAAAUACAGACGCAAAAUACAGUUGACGGGAAAGAGGAUAUUUCAUGGGGGAUAUCAUAUCACCAAGUGGUGUGAAUAAGACUGAUAAAACACAAGCAAGCCCUGAAUUUGCCCAUGUAUCGCCCUUUUUCAUGAAUGUUUUUUUAAACAUUUCCUUGCGGUGGGGGGUCACUGCACGGCUUCAACCUCAGGAGAGUUCGUAAGAGCUAUCUUUUCCCAGGGACAAAGCAAACUGUCCGUGAUAUCGUGGUGUCCGUAAAGCGGAGUUUGACCGUAUGUGGUAUAUUGCUACGUCAUUUAACCUCAUCUGACGUGUCUUCAGGUACCAACUACACUAUUAGCAGUUUGACUGGAGACAUGGAUGGAGCUGACACAGACGCUAAUGUCUACAUCACAUUAUAUGGAGAGAAGGGAGACUCGGGAUUCAGAAAAUUGGACACUAAACAUUUUUCAAGAGGAAAGUAAGUACUCGUUCAUAUCUAGUACAAGUAAGUUAUUCCCAUGAAGACAGAUUAGCCACAUCAUUCUCUGGGUUUGGUUAGCGCCGGUUAUUUUUAGUGCGAAGGAGGAAAUCUCGAGCGAGGCGCGCGAGGCAUUCCUGUUUCCCUCGCACACUUCGCGCGCCUUAUAAAAGUAAUCAAUAAACUGACGCCUGUCACGAAGGGUUGGGCUUGAUUAGACUCGGGAAGGCUCGAUUAAGUUCGGUUAGUCAUUCACACAUGCUCGGCUUGGGUCGGAGAAAGAGUAGGUAACAAACUCAAAGAGCUCAAAAGCUUGCAAAGUAGUUUAUGUUAUUCUUAUUUAAAUAGGCUAGAUCACAAAUCGAUCUUUCAUGUACCUCCCAUGCACUGGAAAGGGUAGGCUGAAAAUCAGGAUCACUAACCUUCUUUAUGACGCAAAAGGAAAACAGGAGUUAUCACACGAUGAGGGCGUCUACCAGUGUUUUCCGGUCGGCCUUUAUUUUUGGCAUUAUAUUAUAUAUUCGAGGACGAUGACAAGGACGAAUAUGAGGACCAGAUUUGGCUCAAAUUGUUUUUCGCGCAGUCUCAAAAAAUAGACAGCCCGGAAAGCUUUAUUUAACUUCUUUUGUUUUUAACCAGAAAAGUUAACAAGGUUUUUUUUGUUAAUGAGGGAGAUUAAACCCUCUCACAAUCGUAAAAUGAAAAAUACCAGUAAUAAAAACAUUUGAUACUCCUUGCUUCUGCCACUACAACAUUUUCACUAAACACUUAGUCGCAUGACAAGGACUACCACGUUUUCCCACCAAAAUGACGCUGGUUCACGCGCGCGCGCACCCACCAUUUAGAAUUGAGAAAUUCUUGUCCUUGUCUUAGAAUCUAAAGGCCACAUUUUUUUCAUAUUUGGCACGACUUCUUAAAUGUGGUGGUUCCAAUUUAAAUCGCUGCCUUGAAGAAAUGAUAUGGGCAUCAUGAACUUAGCUAUUUAACGAUCCUAAGAAAGUGUUAAAUUGCUGCACUAUUUUCUGAAAUGGUAUUUUUAAUCCAAGUCAGUGAACAAUAACCAUUCUUUCAUUUUAUUUUCUUUCUUGAAGAAGUGAAAAUAACACUCUGAUGUUACCGGAUCUUGGUAAACUCAGGCAAGUCAGAAUAUUACAUGAUAACUCCGGAUCAAAUCCCAGUUGGUUCCUGGAAAAGGUAAGGGAAAUUUUUUAACAGAAUAAAGGAUAAGGAAAACUACGUGUUGUACAGUUUUACACGCGAGUCUCCAGGCUCAGACUCAAAGUAACAUAAAAUAAGAAAGGAAAAAAAAACGAAUUUUUUGUAAUUUGAAACAAAUGCGCAUUUUUUAAGUUUUAGACUUCAAUUACACACAUUUCUGGGGCUUUUUCAGUUUUGUUAGCCUUGAAAACUUUACUCGUCCUUAUUUAUUCUAACUCGCAAUGGGAAUGAUGUGAUUACCGGUGCGAAUUAUCGCCCGAGUUCAAUGUAGUACCCAUCUUCAAAUUACCGCUCUUCUCUGGCCUCGCUUCAGAAAGUCAGUAAGCGCCCCGGGCACUAAUUUGAGCAUGAUAUACGGUCACUGAAGUUGACAUGUUAAACAUUAACUUUGAAGUUAUCUUUUAAGUUUUAAGUUUUUCCUUAUCGCGUAUUCGUUAAAUAAAUUUUGUUAGUUUUGAUGUAGAUAAGUAGGACGGAGCUAAAGGCGAGCUGUAAGGGGCUGAGAAUUAUUUUACAAGAGCAGCACGUAUUGAGCGAAAAGAAAGAAAAAGACGUAAACGACCGUUGAAAUACAAAAGAAAUAUAUUCUAUAGUACACACUCAGGGCCUGACUGUACUACGAAACGCGGUUGCGAAAACAUUGUUCGGGGCGCAUGAGCUUCUCAGUUUAGCCCCCAGAAAAACUAGAUGUCGCGGAUGCCUAAACUCUAAUAAAAGAUGCCAAAUCCAAUCCCAGACAUUCGUGUUUUACAGAUAUGUACGUCUAGGGUCCAGUUCCUCGAGGGCCGACCGAACCCAGUAAUUUUAACUUUCUUAUAGACUGGUUAGGACUGUCAUUUUGGGAUAACAUUACCGGCUCUCUAAGUGAAAGCUCGAGAAGGUUUUAUAAGCUCAAUUUACAUAUAUAGAGGAUAUUACACGGUGGCGCGAAGAUAUGAAUUUUAUUUUCGAGUGGCAAAAGAAUAUUUACGAACGCGCGCGGCGAGUGAGUAAAAUAUUGUUUUUGCCACGAGAAAAUAAAUUUUAUAGCUUCAAGCCACUGUGUAAUGUUCUUUCUAUUAUAUAGACAAAAAUACAUUGAUAAAAUAAUAGGGGGAAAUUACUGAAAUUACAUCAUCGAUAAACUCACUUGUGAUAUAUGGAAAAUAAACCACUCGGGUCCUGGAUGUAGUAUUAUGAAUUUUACGAGAGGUAUAUUUUCCAAUAAAACACUCGUGUCUAUAUAAUAAUACCUGAUAAGCAAAUGUGGUUUACAACUCUGCUUGAUUCUGGGUUAAAGUUAACCCCCAGCCAGAUGAGUAGUUCUUAUAAAAGCCAUCAUGAAUAAAACUUCGCCUGAAAAUAUGAAGUAUUAUGAAAAUGGCAAGUACGAAAUACUCGUUAAAUAAACCUACGUUAAAUCUUUGACAAAAAUGUCACGGACGCAAAUCAGUUUAGCCACAUUAUACCAAAAAAAUGUUGUUACAUCAUCACAAUGUUUUCCAGUUUUCAUAGGCUUUAGUAGCUUGAAUUUCAGACAUCCCUUCGAGUCACAUACUCCCAUCAGGGACGUCUGAAUCGACGAGCAGUUGAUGCCGUCCAGUGACGUCACUACCCGAAAACCGGGUAGUGGUUUUGAUCGGUUGAUUGUCCGAACAUUCGCAUAAUUAUGUUUAAUUAUGAAUGCUUGCGUGAAGUUCAAAAUUUCGACAAUCUUUGUUGUAAAAAGUAGAAUAGCCCUAGCCUCUGAAAAACAAAGAAUCAAUGCGGAAAGACGGUAGGUUUACAUUUAGGGAGCCGCUUUGUGAGAUUUAUGACUAGCUUCUGUCUAGCUAGCAAAUUUUCGAACACGAACACGUUUGAUUGCUGAAUUAUGGCGCUAUACGAAGCAAAAGAUUCGUUCAGAGUAUUGCAUGUAGUUAACAGUUUGAACGUUUAAAAUGAAUCACGAUUUACGAAUAAACCAAUUAUGUACCAUUUAGACUUCCGGACGAUAUUUCUUUGUUUGCCAGUUGAAAAUCGUGUUUUGUUUUUUGCAUGAAUUAAAGCAAAGUAGUAGUGACGCCACUGGACGGCAUUAGCGGCUGAUAUGGAUAUGUGACUCAAAGGGGUGUCUGAAACUCAGGCUAAGGGUUUGGAAGCCUAAGGUACAAACAAGGCAAAAAAAAAAGCAUUUAAGCUUUAUUCUUCAAAACUCCAGAUCACGGUAACGGACGAAAAUGGUCAAAGGUACGAGUUUCCUUGCAAGGAAUGGCUGAGUGAAACACAAGGCGGAGGCAAAACAGAACGUCUCCUAAGACUACAGCACACAUAGUGCCCGUUACUGCGCAUGCUAGUAAGGUAAUGACAGGUUGCAUAUUUCAAUAUAAGCCAUACAGUAAUAGACUUUGAGGUAAAAAAAAAUACGCUGGGAGAGCGUAUACUUGGGCGCACAAAUGAGUCCACAACAAGUUUUGUGGAAAAAAAACAUGCGACGACCAUGUCGUUUUUUGACACGUAACUCGGUCGCAGAGUUAAACGUUGAAAUGUAUCAUGUCGUAAGGCUUUUCUAUGUAGUAGCUUUCUAGUUCCUUAAAGAUGCUGAUUAAGGUCCAGCAAAACAAACAGAAAGAUGGAACUUCGCAAAGUCGUGAAAUUUUACUGAUGUUUGCGGUAUUGGGGUGGGGGGGUCAAGUUUUUCUCCCUUCCCCCAACCUACAAAUGUCUGCAUAGAUUUAGCGAGAUUGUGGGGCCAGAUCAUUUCGUAAGUUUUCAACAUAUCACUUUCAGACUUGAAAUCUUUUUAUGUUAUUAGUUUAAUUCGCUCUUCCAGUUGUGUCGAUGGAUUUUCUCCAGCUGGUACAGGUCAAAAGUCGAAAAAAAAAGAGAAAAGGUCUAUUGAUUUUUUCUAUAACACGAUAGCCCCAGGACAGUCCUUCCGUUAGGAAAUGAGACGAAAAGAGAGGAAGAUCUCCUCCCUCCCUCCCUCCCUCCUUCUCUCUUUGCUCUUUUUUCCUCUUACCCGUCCCCUCGCUAUGUUUUUGCGCUUCCUCCAUCAAGAGAUCCGCCCCACAGUUCGGAUAAUGCGAAGAAUAAAUGAUCGGCACAGGAGACCGAAGCUCGGUACAAAAGGGGUCGAAGUAACCCUUUAAAACCGCGCCUUUGUGAAUAAAAGUAACAUUUGACAUUUUCACUUCUCUAGGAUAUCUUUAAAAAUUAAAAAUUCGCUGCAUUUUUUUUUUUAUCUUCAAUGUUUACUGUUGUUGCUUUGAAACAACAUUUCCUUUUUUUUGUCCUCCGUUUUCUGCGUUAAACAAGAAAGGCCUUUUCUUAACCAAACUGUUUGUUUUGUUUGACCUUAAGAAAGUAGUUUAGGUUCUAACUUUAUGAGAGUAAAAUUCACAAUUUUUAUUUUUUAUGUGAAUUGUUUUUAACUCUCAUAAUUUAUUCACGGGAUUACCCUCCGCUGAUGCCCGGCAUUAAGUAUUUUUAAAAAUGAAAAAGUCCUGAGGAUGAUCAACAUCAAUUUUCACUUAAAAAAAUUUCAUACAUUAUUAAGAGAAAAGGUUAUGAGAGUUCUCAAAUUAUGUAAGGAAAUGUGAUAUGUGGACAUUGGGGCUUAAACGGUUUACGUGUAGUGUACUAUGCACUCUGCUUUGAAUACUACAUCCAAUAGUUGAGAAAUGAACCUUUAAAUUUUGAGCACAUUUCACAGUAAAAAGUUCAAGUCUGAACACGCUAGGCAACAUGUCGCUGCAAAACGUCGCGGUGACAAACCACUCCUUGUGUACAGGUCGGACUACAAGUCUCAGCAGCACAUCGUGGUGACAAGAAGAAAAAAAGAGAAAAACAUCGCGGUGACAAAUCGCUUCGUGUAUACCUGGGAAUUUUGUCUCCGUGACCAAAUUUUCUCGCUGCACAAAUACGAAAUUUUGUGCGACUUGUUGCAGAGACAAAAAUUUUGUCGAGGAGACAACGAUUUUCCCACAAAUUCUCCAGUACGAAACGAUUUGUCGCUAAAAGAUGUUGCAGCGACAUAUCGCCUAGUAUGGUCCGACCUUUAAGGCAGAAAGGCUUCAAGAGGAGAAUGAUAAAUUUAUAGAUAAGUCUGCAUAAAAUAAUUAUCUAUUUUUCCAACUUAUUUUUCAAGCUUGAUAUAGAACCUUGUAAAGAUAGUGAAGAUUAAUUUCAAUAAUAUCAGUAAUGAAAUAUCUAUACUUUGCUACAAAAUACCAGUUGUUGUAUGAAUGAGUUUUAAAUCAUUUUUUAAUAAAUCUCCUCCGACUUAUGUUUAGAUAAACACCGCCAUUUCAAAAACGUGUUUAUGUUCGUUGCGUUGUUAGUCAUAUAAAGCCUUGCUUCCACGUCUUGUUUCUUUACUUAUAGUUUUAGUUUACUCGUAUUAUUCUGUGGAUUCCAAUAAUUCUCUUUCUUACUUGACCAACAGAUUCCUGUUUCACGACUUGAAAGACAAUAAAACACACGACCGCUGACCGAUACAGAAACAAACACAAACAGAACGGCCAUGUGACCUAUUUUUACCUCCGGUCUAUAGCAGGGUUAACAGAUACAGUAAUUUUAAUACUGCUUGGGCACCUAGCCUUUUCUUAAGGCAUAUCAUUAAGUCCAAGGAAUUGACAGUGUAAGUCUUGGAUUUGACCGAGCUAUUAAGGCAAGUUAUAAACGAAAAUGGGCGUUUUCGUGAGCUGUACGAAUCCUGCGAACCCCGCCAUGGGUUUGCUGAAGACGUUUUGUGCAUUUAAGCAUAAUAAACAUUAUCAAGCUCCGUUUGCUGUGAUUACAGCGCCAUUUAAUAAAACUAAGGGGAGUCAUUAUUUAGCACAGCUUCGAAUCGUUAAUUAGCACGGACGGUUGCAUUUGUCCGGUGUUAAUUCCCGUCAGCUCUGUCGCUCAAGUAUCCAAACAAAAGCCAUGUUUGAUCCAAUUCAGGCGAAUUCGAACUGUAUUCAUAAGCAAUUUUAAAUUGACCUUGAGAACCCUCGUUUUUUCUCUUUUGGACGAUGUAAAUUUUCCUGAACUAACCAUAGACAAGAUUCACUAGGCUAGUUCACUCGGGGAUUAAUACCAACUUUCUUACGGAAUUCUAUCGGCUCAUUUAGAUUGUAUCUUAUCAAACUAACUGGGUGACUUUGAGCUUCUAUUCAAAGCAAGCAAGAAGAAUACUUGCUUAUUAAAACC